GGUUCUGGAACGCUCAGACCCCGAGUAAAGCAGCGAUUGGCGGAGCGGCGCCUAUUUGUUACACUCGCAAUCAGCAUCCUAUUGCCCGCAGAGCGUUCCGGGCCCGCCCCGGGGAACACCUGCUGCUGCUCCGAAGUUCCCCAGGCCCGUCCUUUAGAGAUCUGCUGCCCGGGACUGUUAUCGUACUUUGCAGGCAACUCUGCACAACUCGCCUGCCGUCGAGUUUCUUCCCGGGGCGUCCGAGCAGCCUUAAGGGACGGAGAGCAUGAUUGACAACGGGGGAGGGAGCGAGCUUCUGCCCCGGCUGUGCUGCCCGGAGAAGGGGCCGAACGGCUACGGCUUCCACCUGCACGGGGAGAAAGGCAAAGUGGGCCAGUUCAUCCGGCUGGUGGAGCCCGAUUCCCCGGCCGAGAAGUCCGGGCUGCGGGCCGGGGACCGCCUGGUGGAGGUGAACGGCGACAACGUGGAGAAGGAGAGCCACCAGCAGGUGGUGAACCGCAUUCGAGGCUCGCCGGGCUCCGUGCGUCUGCUGGUGGUGGACUCCGCGACGGACGAGCGGCUGCAGAAGCUGGGCCUCGAGUGCACCGAAGACCUGGUCCGGGGGCUUCCCGACGAGAAGUUGGAGGAGGCGAAGAGCGGCGGCCAGGAGCCGAGGGAGGCUGCACAGCGGGAGCCGGACGUGGCGGAGGAAGAUAAGAAGAAGAAAGCGGACGGGGAGAAGGAGGAGGAGGAGGAGGCGAACCACGCUGCCCAGCGGGUGAGAAUCUAGGUCACUCCCGGGAAAGAGGGGCUGAGGAAAGCCCCAGGGGGGUGGGAAGGGAAGCGGGGGAAGGAGGCUGGGAGAAGCAGAAGGAGACGCGGGGGGAUAGCUUUAAAAGCACAGAGGCUGUGUCAGGGAAGAUAAUCGCCUUUUAAACAACGGAGUGGCAGGCAGAAGUUCAACUGGUGAGGGUCUCUCCGUUAAUGCACCGGCAAGAAAGUUUGAAUGGGUGCUCCUCUCGCAACGCCCGAGGCUUUUCCCGCCGGGGCGGUCGGCGGAACCGCGCUGCACCAGCUGAAUUUCUGCCUGUCGCUUCGCUCUUACAGGCAUUGUCGCUGCCGUGGGUGGUGGCGACCCUAACUCCUACAACGACCUGGGGUGGAUUCGGGGCGGGGGGAAAACAAACUGUCUCUUAAACAUAGGGAAACUGGGCCUCCAAUCCUAACUGUGCCUACUUACAAGUUCCAUUCAAGGGGCUUACUCUCAGGAAAGCGGUUAGGAUUGCAGCCUGGCUGUAACUCCUUGUAUAGAUGCAGCUACUGGCUUCUUAGCGUAUUUAUAUUACGUAUUUCCUCAUGGAUAAAUAGUCUGAAACACCAGACUGCAGUAUUUCCUUCCCAUCUCCCGAAGAUUUCUUUGGUGUGAUUCAGCUAACUUUUCUUUGGGUGCUGAUGAAUAACUCGGCUCUGCUUUCUCCCUCUCCCUUCCUCCUCCCUCUCUCAUUAUGAAAUGUGACCUCUUGAAAGCUGGGUCGCUUCCGCUGUGUGUGAUCUGAAUGCCAGCCCUGCUGGCACCCACAUGAGUCCGGAAUGCCGCUGAGUCUUGGCUUGCAGAGAAUUAUUGAGAGCUAAACAGAGAGAUGAGUUAAAAACAAAACAAAAAACACUCCUCCAAAUAUUAGAGGCCUUGCAGUAUGUCUUCUGCAAGGGACUCUAGUCAAAAAUAUUCUGGUGGUAUUCAGUGGGCAGGAAACUGGGCACUACUGUAAUCUAGUGUAAUUGAGCAAGUUCAAGGUGUUCCUUUAAAAAGCAGUGCCAGACUUUUCUUUUGGGGUGGUGGUAAAUUUCUUCGCGUUCUGUUCUAGCGUUAGAUCAGUGAAGCAGAAAGAACCUUCCCAGUAUUUGCUGGUACUCUUCCACUUGUUCAAAUUCGUUUUCUGGUAUAAACCUGAACUGUGUUUUUUUCUUAUGGUAGCGCAGCAAAACUGUCAUUUCCUCCACACAUGCAGAGCUUCACUGCAGACGACAAUCUUGGCUUCAGAUGAAACCUUUUCUUCUGCUUUGUCUUUUUCCUUUUUGUAAAUUGUUUUUUGAGCAGGCUUCCCCAACCUGGUGCCCUGCAGGUUUUUUGGACUACCCCUCCCCCAUCAGACCCAGAAGCCAUGACCAGUGGUCAGGGAUGAUGGGAGUUGCAGUCCAUCAAAUACACCUGGGGGCAUUAGUUAGGGGAAGAUUAUCUUAGAAAAAUUUUGAUGUUGCUAUAUGCAUUCUUUUGCUAGUGGCUUACAGCACAAUCCUGUACUUACCUACUUGGUAGUAAGCACCAUUGUAUUCAGCUGGGCUUACUGCCUGACAAGUGAAUAUAGGAUUGUGGCCUUUAUCUCACUCUGCUGCUUUUUCUCACACUUUCCCCCAGUAACUCAAAUGAGGGAAUCUAAUGCCUGUUGAAAAAUAUUACUAAAUAAAGGAACCAUACUUGUUGCACCCAUUCUGAACCUUUUAGGAUAAGAUGGGAUAACUAUUUAUGCAUGUAAUCUUUUUAAUCCAUUUUCCUUUUGUAAAGAUAAUCUCACAUUGCAGGAAGCACAGCACGCUGAACAACAAUACAAAACACAAAAUUCAACACUUGAAACACCCCUGAAAUUUAGUUAGCGAGCACAUUUUUGUUAGUCCUGCACAGCCAUAACAAAAUUGCAGAAAACUAGUGGUGCAAUCCUAAAGACGCCUACUCAGAAGUAAGUCCUAUUGAAUUCAUUGGGGCUUCCUCCCAAAUAUCUGGGCUUCAGAUUACAGGCUAAGCCAAUAACAUCUUGCCUUGAAGGUCUGAUCAGUGAAUAUUUAAUUGUAUGAUCAAGUGCUAGUUGGUAUGGAGAAACUAGCAUUCAUCUGUUCCCCUUGCUUUCACUUAUUGGAUAUUUUCCUCUCACCAUUUAUAAUAUUACAAAGGCUACCUAUAUUUUCACUGGAGUAUGAUCUACUAACAUAAAUGAGCAAGGUCCUAAUGAUUGUAGCUCAAAGCUGCUCUGCAGCAGCCCUUUGUCCACAGGGCAGGCUCAAACCAGAGUCAAAAUGGUCCAGCGGCUUAAAGGGUAGCCUUGGAUCUGGGUGGAGGAUCCUAGAUGUGCUUCUCCUGUGGGCCCUCUGUGCAGCCUUGAGGAAGUUGCUAUUUACCUGUCGCCUUCAGUUUAGUGUGUGUGUAAAAUGGAAAUAGUCAUAAUAAUACUAAACCACCUUAUUUGAUAGUAGAAAUAAAGAUAGAAAAUUUGCACUGCUGAGCAUACUUAACUGGGAAGCAAACUCCAUUGAACAUAGGAUGGUGCUGUUAAGCAUUUUUAUAUCAGAUUUGGCAAAGGAUCAGCACUAGAAUGAGAAGAGAAGAGGCCGUUAAGAACUGGAACUGAAUAUAUAAGAACUGGAACAGUGGGGGGGAUAUUUAUUUGCUUUGGAGUGAUUUUAAGAAGCUUUUGUAUGACAUUGGUGGAGAAACAUUUCUAUCCCUAGGACAUCUGAAAUAGUUAUUUCUCCAAACUUGCCCAUUGUUAUCAGAAGUGGUCAGAAGGUAGUUCUGGGAGGCAGUGGUAGAUUAGCAAGUGUUUUUGACUCCCUGUGGUUUAACAGGAGCAACAACUAAAAGGCUUUCUCACGCUGUCUUCCCCCACCCUUAAUUUAGGCUGCUGACUUGAGGAGAGUUUGAAGUGGGGGAGGGAAAACGAGGAGUGGAUUUUUGUGUGACAGGACUGUGAACUCUUGCUAUGGUACUGAGAAACCAAUUCCUGGGCUGAGAAAUGUCCUCAAAGGUACCUGGUUCUUAAUUCUGUAUCCCGCCCUCCUCCAUUUUGCAGCUGGAACUCCAGGAUACUAGUCAAAAACAGAAGAUUAUGAAAGCUGCCUACCAUGAAUACAUAGCCUGAAAUUUGUCUGUCUCUGGACUUGUUGAAUAUAUAGCUGCAUAGAAAUCUGUGGCGCAGUUGGGGGUGUGAUUUUUAUUUCACCACACGUGGUUUUUCAGUCAGUCCUUAACUUCUCCAAAAAGAGAGGGGCUUUGCUGUGUCGGACCAGUGCAGAUGUUUUGCCUUGUGCCUUAGGGGAAGCCUGCUCUGCAAGUGUGUGGGGAACCAGGCCCAGGAAAUGGUUUGAUCAGCUAAGCAGGUGUGGGCCUAACUACUGGUAAACCAGAUCAGUAGUUGGCUCGCCAGAUACCCUUUAAUAGGAACCCAACAAGAUAGUGACGAAGGAUUGAGGAUUGGAGUGAUCGUUCUGAGGUAUUAUGGCAGUGGACAAAGCUGAAGUGUAACUUUUGAACAAAUGUGUUUUUAAUGAAGUAAAACUUGGAUGGGAGACCCUGUGGUGUAGCAGCGGGUUAACAAAAAUGAAAAUAGGUGAAAUCCAGUGCUGCUGUUCCACUUACUGAAUGGCACAUGUAAGAAAAGGGUGAUGUGAUUUUGGCUGAUUAUUCAUUUCCAUGGCAGGCCUAGGCAAAUAUGUUUCAGAGGGUUGGGAGACAACCCCCCCACCCGAACAUUGAGGAAGGUGACAUUGUGGGGAGAGAGGUGCAGGUGGAAGGAGAUUCAGCCAAAAUCACACACACACACCCCAACUGCCUUUUCUUACAUUAUAGAAGUUCUCUACUGGAGCAAGAACCGUUCCAUGAAUGGAGCAGCCAUAUUGGAUUUCAGCGUAUAGUAUAUUAAACAAGUGUGUGGAGACAAGCUGCAGUUGGGAGAGGAGCUCUGCAAAGGCUCUAAAGUGAUUAUUUUUAUUUAAUUCACUUCCUGCCUUGCACUGAGUGCCAAGCCUGCAAAAUAAAAUGGUAGCUGCUAUUAAGGAUGUUACAGCAGCAGCAUUUAAAUGUUGGAGUAGUUGGCUGAGAAUCGGUAAUGAAAUCAACAAUUAGACUGCAGUUAGGUCAGUGGUAACUCCCUUAUACAUAUUCCAGGUUUCAGCCCUUGUGUUGAAAGCAGUUUCUGUGGUUGAGCCCUGGCACAUAAAAAAGUAAUAUUUGCAUUGCAUGGGAGGUUGACACUAAUUGCAGGAAUCAGAGUCUUGGGGGAAAUUCUGAAUCUGCUUACUGAAAGGUUUAUUGCUGUGGUGGGGAGCUGGUGCAUUGACACCUUCUUGCCCUGAACUCGGGGAUUAUACCUUCAGGGUUCUGGAAGCGGCUAGGCUGGCAAGGCUCCAGGCCUCUGGAGCAAAGGCACAUAUUACUAUUGUAUGCCAUAAGAAGAUGGCUGCUGGAUGAGUCCAAUCUAGCAUCCUGUUCAUACGUUAGCCAACCAGAUCCCUGUGCAAGGAGGACCCAAGCAGAAGAGCUAUGCCCUCCUAUUUCUUUAUUAUUUUAUUCAUUUUAUUAAACUUGUAUACCUCCCUUCAUCACAAGGCCUCAGGGCGGUUCACAUAAUAAAAUCAAGGUAAAAACACAAGCAAAUAGCUAAAAGAAAAAACAACAACGAAACAAUACUGCCCCCUUCCCACAAACACAUUAUUUUUAUUUAUUCAGUUUAUAGAAGUACAUACCCUUUAAUUCCCAGCAACAGCUUUUCAUAGGCCUCUGGCAGGAGUAGCAUAGCUGUUGUGGCUUGUAGCCUUCGAUAGCUGUGUCCUGCAUACAUUUGUCUAAACUAUGGGUAGACAAACUAAGGCCCAGGAGCCGGAGCCGGCCCAGUCGCCUUCUAAAUCCGGCCCACGGAUGGUCCGGGAAUCAGCGUGUUUUUACCUGAGUAGAAUGUGUCCUUUUAUUUAAAAUGCAUCUCUGGGUUAUUUGCGGGGCAUAGGAAUUCGUUCAUCAUCCCCCCACCUCAAAUAUAGUCUGGCCCCCCACAAGGUCUGAGGGAUAGUGGACCGGCCCCCUGCUGAAAAAGUUUGCUAACCUUUUAAAGCCAUCCAGCUUGGCAGCCCUGGUUAUCUCCUGCAGGAACAAAUUCCGUGGUUUAACUGUGUAAAGUAGUACUCUUUUUAAUCUGUCAUUCAACUUCACUGGCUGUAUCAGUUGGAUUUGAUUUACAGGAACAACUAACUCCUGUGAAACAGAAGGGUCAGUUGCCAAGGAACAUGUGGAAUUAUCGUGCCCUCAAUUUUAGAAAAUUUGGAAAGUGCGAACCACUUCAAGGCUUCACCCAAGUAUGGCCUAAAAGCAGGGGCAACUAACUGGUGGUCUUCCAAAUAUUGCUGGACUACAACUCCCAUCAUUUCUGGCCAUUUGGCUAUGCUGACUGGGGAUGAUGGGAAAUGGUGUCCCAUCCCCGGCCUACAAUACUUCUGGAGCAUGCCCUGACAUGGUUAUCCUGACAUAAUUCCUUCCUGGAACACGAGGCCAGCCCUGCGAUGGCAGCACCAUAGAGCAGAUGUGGGGAACCUUUGUCCCUCCAGAUGUUGGUGAACUACAACUCCCAUCAGCCACAGCAAGCAUAGCCAGGGAUGAUGGGAGUUGUAGUUCAAGAGUAGCUGGAGGGACAAAGGUUCCUCACACCUGCCAUAGAGGGAGGAUACACAAAGGCAUCCAUGCUGCAGCAAGACUUUCUCAAGUGCUUGAUGGAAAGCUGUCUGUCAUUAAAACAGGUACAAGUGACUGACUUGAGUCAUCCACACACUCCUUGAGGAUAUUAAGCUGCUUGUUUGACUCCCAACUCCCAAGUGUUCAGAUUACAUCUCAAAGUGUCACACUUGUAAGAGCACCACCUGUUUACGCAACUGCUAUGCUAGUUGGGGGUAAAUACAUUCUGUAAAUAUGUGUAUUCUUCUGUGUUUUGAUUAUAGCUGACAAGCUGCAUGAAGUUACAUUUUAACCCACGGAUCAGCAAACUUCUUCAGCAGGGGGCCGGUCCACUGUCCCUCAGACCACAAGGGGGGGGGGCUGGACUAUAUUUUUUUGGGAGGGAGAAAAAAACGAAUUCCUAUGCCCCACAAAUAACCCGGAGAUGCAUUUUUAAAUAAAAGCACAUAUUCUAUUCAUGUAAAAACACGCUGAUUCCUGGACUGUCUGUGGGUCGGAUUUAGAAGACGAUUGGGCUGGAUCUGGCCCCCGGGCCUUAGUUUGCCAACUCAUGUUUUAACCAGUGGUUGGAUUGCAAAUAAGUGGAGCCUAGUCUGUGAGGGACGCGGGUGGCGCUGUGGGUUAAACCACAGAGCCUAGGACUUGCCAAUCAGAAGGUUGGUGGUUCGAAUCCCCGCAACGGGGUGAGCUCCCGUUGCUCGGUCCCUGCUCCUGCCAACCUAGCAGUUUGAAAGCAUGUCAAAGUGCAAGUAGAUAAAUAGGUACCGCUCCGGCGGGAAGGUAAACGGCGUUUCCGUGCGCUGCUCUGAUUCGCCAGAAGCGGCUUAGUCGUGCUGGCCACAUGACCCGGAAGCUGUACGCCAGCUCCCUCGGCCAAUAAAGUGAGAUAAGCGCCGCAACCCCAGAGUUGGUCACGACUGGACCUAAUGGUCAGGCGUCCCUUUACCUUUACUAGUCUGUGAGGCAGGUAUGCAGAACCUCUGGCUCUCCAGAUUCUGCUAAACCACAGCUCCCGUCCCUGGCCUCACUGGGCAUGCUUGUGAUGGACAUUGCAGUUCAACCAUAUCUGGAGGGCCAAAGCUUCCCCACUCCUGCUUUGAGGAGUAGCUAGAGAUAAUUCACUGAAUUAUGCCAAGGGGGCAAUUGCAGCACAUCAUCAAUUUUGUUUUCCAUGGGAGUACAUUUCCAUAAGCAAUUCUCCAUGGUGUAGAUAGUUCACAAAUAUAACACAGUCAUACCUUGGAAGUCGAACAGCUUAAUUCCUGAACGUUUUGGUUCCCAAACGUUGCACACACGGAAGUGACUGUUCCAGUUUGCAAACUAUUUUUGGAAACCGAACAUCCGACUGGGCUUCCGCAGCUUCUGAUUGGCUGCAGGAGCUCCCUGCAGCCAAUCAGAAGCCUCACUUUGGUUUUCGAACAUUUUGGAAGUCAAACAUACUUCCGGAACGAAUUUGGUUCGACUUCCAAGGUACAACUGUAUAAGCGGUGGCAACGUGGGAGUGCCCAAACAUGAGGUUUGACCAUAUAGCACCAAAUCAUGGUUUGUAUUUUGAAUAAUGGUGAAUCACCCCGGAAUCAGUUAUCUAUGAUGGGUGGCAGAUGGGUGAUACCCAACAUUAGUCAUUCUCUGGGUGGACCCAUUGAAACCAAUGGACUUAAGUUAAUGGAUUUGCCCUGAGCAUGACUAAUAAUUGGGUAUCACCCAUAGUUAGAGCAGAACUGCUGUUUGCUCAGAAAUGCAUGCGGAGCUCAGAAUAUAGACUGGCUGUCAGCAUGCGUUGCCCAGCACUGGGGUUGUGUACAGUGCCCCAGUGAAUAGCAUUCAUCUUCCUUUGCAACACAGGGCCCCUGAGUCCUCUUUGUAUAGUCAAACUAUCUGUGAAGAAUGACUGCUACUUGAAUAUGCUAUCCUGUGAACAUUUGUAUUUAACUAAAUUGAAGAAGCUUGAUUUUUAUCACCUGGAGGGAUUUUACGAUCACUGCUCAAUCUAAAUAUUUUUAUGGAUGGAGGGCAGGAGUGUAACUUGUUAAAGAUUUCACAGUUAUAGCGAUGAAUUGUGAGCUGCUGACUGUUCUCUAUAUUAAGGCUGCCCUGAGACAUGGGCUACUUUCACAUAGGAAAGCAGGGGGGGAUAUUUGAGAACUGUGCAUUGCCUUGAUUUCUGCUCUUUUUUCAUAUUAAAAAGCUAAAACUAGAGCCUUUGGUGAGGCUCUGCAAAGGCUGCAUUGUGCUCUUAAUUCAUGGGGCUUAGAAUAGAAGAUUGUCAAAGGAAAAGUUCUUGCCCAGGCUGCUGUUGAGGAAAAUGGCCUGUGGUUGCUCAGAGACUUCCUCAAAUGACAUUUCCUUGAGUAGCUGCGUCAGCUGAAUAUUGAAAUUCAAGGCUCUAUUUUUGAAAGACAAAAUAUUUACUUAAUAGUGGGGCAGAUAGAGAGCGGUGGUCACGAUGCCCCCUCAGCACAAGCUCAUUAAACCUCAACUCUCCUUUAACCAGACUUUCUUAAAGCAGCCUGGGUGGUGAUGGUAAAAUAAUAGAUACCAGAGCACCGUUGUUUUUUUAGAUCCUCCCAUUGAUAUAUUGGGAGCAGGCUUCUGAGAAUAGUUCUGCGGAAGUGGUGACACCCCUGUUGACAGUUGUGAGAAUGCUCUUUGUUAAUAGAGUAAUGGAUUAGUGCAAGAUUUGGAACACUCCCCAUUAGCAUGCCUCUGAAUAGAGGAAGGAAAUCUCCUUUCAAGCUGUGCCCUUUAAUAACCUUGAAUCUUGUUAAUGAAUUUCUGCUAAAUAACCCUGUGAGAACUACAUUUACCUAAAAUGUUCCCUUCCUGUGCUGUGCCUUUGAGGUGCUAAUCUGUUAUCCUGCUUUCCUUAUAAAAGCUGUCUCUGUUGAUUCCCAGGUGGGGUCAUAAGAUGCUUUUGAGGUCUGCUGCUAAAGGGCUAAACUAAGGUAGUAAAUUUGCUCAAACAUUUGCACUAUUUAAUCAACAGCAACAAGGAGAUAAAGAAGAACACAGGCUGCUUGGCAUCUCCUGUUUGCUGGAUGUAAGCUUUCUUUGGUGGAGGGUGAAAGGUCCCCCAUUUUUAAGAUCAGCCACGAUGUAGCAAAACAGUGAGUAAGGGUUCAAGCUCUCCAGAACUCUUAAUAAGAUAUUAAGCAUGCAAAAAAGGGGAGGAGGGGCAAUGGUGCUGUCUUGAAUAGUAAAACAUCCAGAUAUUAAGUGCAAUGCAUGUGAUUUACUUACUUACUUAUUGGAUUUAUGUUGCACCUUUCCUCAAAGGAGCUCAAGGUAGCCUCUUCCUCACCAUUUUAUCCUUAGAACAACCCCAUGGGGUAAAUUAGGCUGAGAGACUGUGGACUGUGACUGGCUCAGGGUCAUCCAGUUUCAUGGCUGAGCAGGGGUUUGGACCCGGGUUUCUCAGGUCCUAGUCCAUGGGUAGGCAAACUAAGGCCCGGGGGCUGGAUCCGGCCCAAUCACCUUCUAAAUCUGGCCCGAGGACAGUCCAGGAAUCAGCGUGUUUUUACCUGAGUAGAACGUGUCCUUUUAUUUAAAAUGCAUCUCUGGGUUUUUUGUGGGGCAUAGGAAUUUGUUCCAUUUCCCCCCAAAAAAUAUUGUCCGGCCCCCCACAAGGUCUGAGGGACAGUGGACCAACGUCCUGCUGAAAACGUUUGCUGGCCCCUGUCCUAGUCCAACACACUAAUCACUACUGCAGAUUUUGUGCUUAUUUGAGUUGCUGGUGCAUCCUCUGAUAAACUCUCACAAUGGCCUUCAUGUGGGGUAUGGAUUCACAUUCGUUUUUGACAAUGAUAGCAGGAAGACUGCUACACCCCCUCCCCACUACAUCCAAUGUAGAAGUCUGAACGUCUCCUAUCUCAUCCUGUGGACUUCUGACCAAAGCCCUGAAGUGUUGCUUAAAGAUAUCUUUCAGUUUGUUAACGCUGGAGUGAGUCCUGUAGGCAGAAUUGGAGGGAUUUUUUUGUGGCAUUCUUAAUUACAUGCUCCAGCUCUAUAAGAUGCUGUUUGUGCUGGAGGUGAUCUUAAGGGCAGUGAUGGAAAAGGGUCAAUGGACUUUGCUGUCAGUGCUAAGCCAUCACUUCUUGCCCUCUUCAGUUUAUGAUUAUAUGCAGUUUUGUUAAUCGUUCUCCUUAUUGGACUUUAGCCUAGAACAUUGAUGCUGCCUUCUGAUCUCCAUGUUAGGAGUGGCAGGCACAGAACGUGGUGGAAUUUUUCCACUGUUAGAAAGAAACUAGGCUUGCCAUGGUUUUUUGUGGCAGGAGGGGAAACCUCCCUGGCAGGAGUAAGGUAUUGGGGGGCGGGGGGGAGCGGUGAGUUUCAACUUAAAGGCUAAUGAAAGCCAGUGUGGAAUAGUGGUUUAUAGAGUGUCAGACUAGGACCAGAGAGGCCCAGGUGCAAAUUCUCCCUUGGCCAUGAUACAGUGUUAGAAACUCAGGUAUAUACUGUCAGCUAGUCAGCACCAAAUAGCUCCUGGAAUCUAGGUUGUGGUCUCCAAAAUUGAAUAUCUAUUCACCAGGCAAUAUGGGACUAAAUGAGCCUCAGGAUCCCUUCCAACGCUACAAUUCUAUGAUCUCCACCACGUUGCUUGACUGCGGCUUGCUCUUACAACAAUUCACUUGUCCCAGUAUGCAAGUAGGAAAAACACACACAGUGGAAAUGGAAAUGGUAUUAACUAUGGAAUAAGGCAGAAGUUUUUAAACUGUGGUUGCCAACGUGGCACUGAGAAAUCUCCACAUAGUCGCUAUUGAACCUGCACCAGUAGCAAAACAUGUCUGGCGCCUGGCUGGUUUUGAACACUGGCCAUGAAACUCUUUGGGUGAUCUUGGAUCAGUCACUAUCUCUCAGCCCAACCUACCGUGUAAUUCUUUUGAGGCUAAAAUGGCGGAAAGGAGAAGAGUCCAGCUAUGGGGAACCUGUGGCCCUCCAGAUGUUGUUGUACUGCAAAGUUUCCAUCAUCCUUGACUAUUGACCAUGUUGGCUGGGGAUGAUGGGAGCUGGUGUCCAACAACAUUUGGAGGGCCACAGGUUCUCCAUGCUCGACAUAUAAGAAGAAGGAUGGGAUUAAAUUGAAUAAUAAUGUAGAGGAGGGGAUGCCUUCAGAUUCUGCUUUGGGAAUAAUCUUAUUAAAUUGGUGAUGUGAUGUUGCAUCUGGUGGUUCACUCUUUAGCCAGUUUCAUGUUGAGUUUAAACUCUGAGCCAUAUCCUUCUAAGUAGCAUGGAUUCCUUGGUUUUGUUGGGAAAGUGGGAAAUCAGUCUUAGCUGACUUGCUUCAGUUUGAGGCAUGCUUAAUUGGCAUAGCUGCACUAUAAUGGAAAACCUCAUGGAGGGCUUAAAUGUAAAGACAGAACUUUGCUUCUUUUAAAUAGCAGUUUAUUCAAAACAAAUUCAGCUGAGGAACUGAUGCUGCAUUUAGCUUGUAACUUUUAGCAUAUACGGUUCCUAAAUUUAUCACUGCUCAUGUGUACCCUUUUAAUCAGUGCAGAAGGUGAAUAGCUAAUAGUGAAUUCCGGUUUUGUAUUUCCCAAAAUCCUCUGUCAGCAAGCCUUUUGUCCUGCUAGCCAUAAAGAUGACUUCCUAUGAGGACUUUCCAUAAGAGGGAUUGUGUUAAUUAGGGGUAGUUUAAGAUAGAAGUCCUUAUCUGACGCGAGUCAUUUAUGAAGAGCUUGUACUUCACCCCCACCAUCUAUUAAUGAUGGGUGGAGGGAUGGAAAAGGAUCCUCUCUGGUACAGAUAUCCUUCUUGGGAAGACGUGGGUGGAAUGCCUCCAGCAAAAUGCUUUGAUUAAGGGUCCAAGUUCGGAUCGCAGUGCUUCUUUUGUAAGGAAGACGUUACCAAGGCAGAACGGCUGAAUUUGCACAAAAUUCUCUACCAUGUUAAUCUGGUAGCCUGUUAAUCAUUCCCUAGGAAUUAUCUUUCCCCCCCUUGCAAUAGUCCUAGGGAGGGUAGGUCGUGUGUGUGUGUGUGUAUUCAUGAAAGGUAAAGAAAAAUGUCUUCACUUAUUGCAGAGAUAUAGAGCACUCCAGGUGGUGGAAGGCCCCCUGUCCUAAGUUGGUCCUUUUCUGUUUGUUCUAGAAUCCUGAAGAAGAGAUCAGAAUUUCUUCCUCCAGGGUCCAAAGAAAGGGCAGAGGGAAUGAUUAGUGGUUUGAAGGUGCUGGCUGGAGCUGAAAUCUUAUACAGUACAUGUGUUCUUGGGAAGUCCCAAUGAACUUAGUGAGACUUUAUUCCCUCCACUUUUACUCAGAACUGAGCUGUACCUUAUACCCCUCCUGCAUCCUCCUCAUUGGAGACAUUGCGAUUUUGGGAGAACAUUUGCUUAAUGUGGGGAUGUGGCUCCUGUGAUAGCUGAGGCUGGGCAAUCAUGGUUUGAAGCAGCCUCCCCAAAUCUAGUGCCUUCCAGAUGUUGUUGGACUUUGACUCCCAUCAUGCCUGUCCAUUGAGCAUGCUGACCGGGGGCUGCUGGGAGUAGAGGUCCAACAGCAUCUGAAAGGCAGGGUACAAACUUGGGGGAAAUUGAUUUGUAGCUUUAAGGGCAGGUUCUGGUGAGAUUGUAGGACUUCUGCAGUGUGGACAUUGAAUCCAUGACUUCUUGGAAAAGCCCCCUUCUCCUAUUGGCAUGCGAUUCCGGUUAGGGGGCUACCUGACCUCUUCUUAGCUCUCCAAGUCAUUGUUUGAAACUAAAUAUGUUUCAAUAAUCUGCUCAUUAGGGCCUUUUAAAAUGAAACAGCAAAGUAACGGCCUUAGUUCUGGGUUCUUGUUCCCUGCAAAGCCUUCUAAUAGACAGAUGAUUGCAGGACAUUGUUUCUUCAGCCAAGGUGACGGUUAAAGGUGUUGUCAUGAAACUUGAACUUGUAAAUGCUAACAAGACUUCAGUGCCUAAAUGUAGCCUAAAGUUCAUGCUCUCAGUUCCUGCCCUCCCUGCAAACAGGAAGUACAUCUCUUAUUGGGCCACGAGACCCGUUACUGUGCAGUUCACGGCAACCCCUCUGGGAACUCAUUAUCUGCACACUUCCCCUCCUGCCCAAACUCAUUUCUCACCUUAUUUUGAGGUGAGCCCAUAGCACCCAGUGGCUUGUGGUUCUUGGCUAGUGGCUUAAACUCCUCCUCAGCUGCCAUGUGAGUUGCAUAGUUUUGCGAGUUUGCUUAGCUGAAACCGAAUUUUGUGCAAAUUCAGUUGGGCUGCUUGAAUUUCAACGACAUCAGUAUCUGGAUGACUACAGUAGUAAUAGAAGUAGCAGCACUAGUAAUGAUAAUAAACUUUCGGGGAUUAACCACCCAAGCUUGGGUGCAGCUUCUUGUGGGCAUGCAGGAUUGCCUCAGGACUAAUCAGUUACCUCCACUAUUACCUGCAGGGCAAUGUUACCUGGGUUGUCACCUUAGAAUCAUAGAAUUGUAGAGUUGGAAGGGACCACGUGAGUCAUCUAGUAAUAAUAAUAAUAGUAAUUUAUUAUUUAUACCCUGCCCAUUUGGCUUGGUUUCCCCAGCCACUCUGGGCAGCUUCCAACAGAAUAUUAAAAUACAAUAAUCUAUUAAACAUUAAAAGCUUCCCUAAACAAGGCUGCCUUCAGAUGUCUUCUAAAAGUCUGGUAGUUGUUUUUCUCUUUGACAUCUGGUGGGAGGGCGUUCCACAGGACAGGUGCCACUACCGAGAAGGCCCUCUGCCUGGUUCCCUGUUAACUUGGCUUCUCGCAGUGAAGGAACCACCAGAAGGCCUUCAGUACUGGACCUCAGUGUCCAGGCAGAACGAUGGUGGUAGAGAGACUCCUUCAGGUAUAGUCCAACCCCAUGCAGUGCAGGAAUCUUUUGCCCAAUGUGGGGCUCAAACCCAUAACACUGAGAUUGCAAUUGGGGGCCUCCUCAUCCAGCCUUUCCUCAAGGUUUGCCUCAAUGACUUGAACUUAUCAGAGUGUGAGAGGUGGUGGCAUGAAGACAUGGGAGGCAGGCAUAAACCUGCUGAUAUCCCUGUGGAGCCACUUUUAAGGCUAUGACAACCUCUCAGUAAGGAGGAUCUGUACUUAUACUAGGAGGAUGUGUCAUGUUCUCAGAUCUUAAGACAGUCUUAAGUGUAUUCCCCUGCUUGAUACUCUAGAUGUUAUUGGUAAUUGCAACUGAGCAAAUGAACUGGAAUUCUUGGGACCAAAAUCAAAUGAAGGGAGCUUGCUUGAGCUCAUCCCUCCAACCCACCCGCAGGCAAUUGCUUGAGCUCUGCUUCGCAGUAGAGUGGAAGGAAGAAUUGGAGCUGUGGAGCUUGUGAUUUCUCAACUCUCUUGGGUGUGGACUCUCAGGGUUAUGCUGAAAUAGUUCGGUGUGUAGAGCAGCACUGGAGUGAAUUUUGCAAUCUACCACAAAUGAUGCAGUCAAGUUACCCUCAGUGGGGGAAAUUGCAGAGGGUCAACACACUUGGAGUGCAAUGGAGGAGCCUCAGCCAGGGAGAACCUCCUUCGCUAUCUGCUUCAAGUGCAAUUGAGUUCAGGGAAACACUGUGUAGUCUGCUCCCAGCCAUUCUCCAGUACAUGCUACGCAGAGCAGAAUUUGUCAUUUUGUAAAUCCUGGCUCCAGUGUCAAAAGCUAUUCCACACAACUUGGAAAUGUCUGUAUAGUGCUUCUGAUGAUCAGGGCUGCUGCCCUUUGCAUCUCUUUCUCCAUUUUUAGUCUUCUUCUGCUCUUUUCCUUGUCCAAAAGUUACAAAUUCUGCAGAAAGCAUCAAAUGUUAGAACCAGAUUGCCUUCUCUUCAUGCCAAGCCCCCCACUGACCCCGCUUUUAACCUUCCUUGAGUGUUUUGGAACUCCAUUAAUGCCCUUUGCUUCUCUAGUUGGAGAAUAUCUGGGAGCUAGCCUCCAAUACAAAAGUGCAAUUCACAUUUGUUGCGCUGUCCACUUUUGCUUCUGGUCCCACCUAAAGAGAGCACAUCCAUGUUGAGAGAGCUACCCUAUUGCUGUUAAUUGAUGCUCUUGGGUCUCAUGCGAGAUAGGUUAUUUCUGCUGAAGCUGUGAAUUUAGCAGCCCCAGUAUUUAAUGAAGGUAUCCAGCAAGCCAAAAAAAUAUCCUCACAUACUUGCAUGAUUUCGCACGUCCUUCUGUGGAUUAACUGUCACCUCUGACCAUUCAGAGUUCCAUUUCUCUAACCAUUUUUCGUGGGCCACAGGCCUUCAGUUUAGCACUGAAGCUUAAAACACAGGCAUUUUUGGUUUGAGCUGUGCACCUGGGCCAGGCCAUGAACCAGAAAGCGACUGUGCAGUGUGCCAGCUGAGCAAAUGCUUUUGUCAUCUGCUUAUCUGGGGAGCAAGACACUUUCUCCAGGCUUUAAAGUCCACUUUCCUGCUGGAGUUAAUGAUGAGGCUCCAGGUCCUGCUCUCCAGCUGAGAUAUUUGAAUGUGUCAGAGUCCUAUUUACUCUGUGGGGUUGGACUUGGCCUUUAUUUGCUUAACAAGCUGGAAGCAUUUCUCUGCCAGGGUGUUGUGGUAGGUGACUGACAGCGCGGUCAGCUGGGGAGUGGAGCUGGAGGAUGGAGACUUUUGCAUUUGGCUUUGGGCACACAGGAGUGUUGCCUUUCCCUGUCCCUCCCUCCUUUCCCCCAAGCAAAGGCAUCAUGCUGCUGUGGAAUUGGGGAACCUUUUCCAUCACCUCCAGGACUGUAUGCCAGCAAUAGGCGGGGCCAGAAGCAUAAAAGAGCAGAUCGAUGAAUGUCAAUUUUACCUUUCUGCAUGUGCACCCACACCACCCUCCAUCCGGGCAAGCAAGAAGGAUUAUUCAAGUUCAAGGACACAUUCCAGUCAGGCUAAAAUGAGCUGAGUGCAAAACUACACCAGAGAAGGGAAUGUGUGACCUAGGGAAAGUUCCAAGUGCCAUAGAGUAAGCGGCCUAGAGGGUCGCACCCGCCCUGCCAGGCCUGAGGUCCCUGAAUUAAUUGGUGUUUAAUUCACACUUUAAAAUUUGUGUGUGUUGUAUGUUUUUUAUUUUGUAGAACUCGUCAUAGAGCGGAGUCCCAUGUUCCAUCAGUACGCAGCGUUGGAGAUGGGGGUGGGUGGGAGAGAAAGGGGAACUCUGUCCUGCACAAGCGAAACUUUUUAAUACUUGUUAGACCAAGUUUUAAAUGUGUAUACAGUGGUACCUUGGGUUAAGAACUUAAUUCGUUCUGGAGGUCCGUUCUUAACCUGAAACUGUUCUUAACCUGAAGCACCACUUUAGCUAAUGGGGCCUGCCGCUGCGCCACCGUGCAAUUUCUGUUCUCAUCCUGAAGCAAAGUUCUUAACCUGAGGUACUAUUUCUGGGUUAGCGGAGUCUGUAACCUGAAGCAUCUGUAACCUGAGGUACCACUGUAUUAUCUUGUAAAUUUUUCAAUAUAAAUAAAAAUAAGUGUCAGAAUUGAACCAACAUCUAGAAGAUGAGACUUGCUUCCUAGUACAGUGGAACCUCGGUUUCCGAAUGUCUCCGUUGACGAACGAUUUGGAAUUCAAACGCCGUAGUUUUUCGUAUUAAUUUUUCUGUUUGGAGGCUUCUGUAUUGAGUUCUCGGUUUUUGAACAUUUCAGAAUUUGAACGGUCUUCCGGAACAGAUUACGUUCAAAAACCGAAGUUCCACUGUAUACUAGAGGGGAAGAAGUACUGGAAUGAGAAGGACUGCAUUCAGCAAAAUAACAUUUUAAGGUCACUGGAAGGCCGCAUCUGUGGCCAACAGAGACUUCCACCUGUGUGACAAUUUAAGAGUCUGGUUAAAUCCCUUUUGGGUGCUGCAGGCUCUGGAAGUUUUAAUCCUAGAAUUGUAGAGUUGUGAGGGACCCCAAGGGUCAUCAAGUCCAACCCCCUGCAGUGCAGGAAUCCUGCCCACAGCUGUCCCUUGGUGGGCUCAAACCACCAACUUUCUGGUUAACAGCCAGAUGCACUGACCCUUUGAGCCAUUGCACUCCCUCUGUUUCUGUGAUGGUUUUGCUUGUCAUUGUCUCAAACUAUUUAAAACCGAGAUCAGACCAUGAAGUGGGGGAACUAGGAUAAUUAGGUUCAUUGGUUCCCUGAAAAACAGCUAAUUUUAAAACUCUUAUCUGAAAUUUUCAAGAUUUUUCUGCAAAAAAGCCACUUGUACAUUGAACUGUGGGAACAGCACUUACAGGUUAAAAUUGACCCCAUAAAGUAGAACAGAAUCUGGAACUGAAUACCAUUUCACGUUAUUCAUUGAUGGUGCCUGAUUCCCUGCACUCUUAGCAAGAUUUCAAGUACAAAUAGCCCACUAUGCUGGAGAGGCUGUGGACGGGCAGAUACCUAUUUUCAUAUGUGGUGGUCAGGUGAGAAGAUGCAGGAAUUCUCAGGAUGGGCAAUAACCUUUUACAAAAUGGCACUUAUAAUGGGUCAGGUACUAACUAAGAGUCCAGGAUGGUGUUAUCCAUCUUUGAUGACGGAAGUAAAAAAUGUUACCAAAAAAGGCUUAUUAAAAUUGUUAGUAUCAGCAGCAUGCUUGAGAAUAACUGGGAGGUCAACAGUUAGGAGACAACUUGGGACAAUUAUGUUGAUGGAAAAACUGACACAGAAGGUGAAGGACAGGAACAAUUUUUCAAAAGGCAGAAGGAAAAUGUUAAGUAGCAUGGUAUUUCUUAAUUAAAUACGUAGCACUAAAGGAACAUAACUGAUAACCAUAGGCCACACACAACUCUAUAAGAUGCCAGCGUAAACAAAGAAGGGUAGUUCUGGUCAUAAGUAAAGAAGAACAAAUAUUUUACAGUAAAACAAAGAUAGAAGCAAUGCUCUAAACUAUAUGCUACUUAUAUGUGUUUACUUUUUUGUCACAAAAGCAAAUUUUAUUUUAGAAAGAGAGAGAGUCAAGAGCAACUACAAGUGGAGUUUGGGAAGAGAGAUUCUGGGACACAGUGUCCCGAAGGAAGCUCAGGGGAGAUCUUGUUGGAAGUAGGUCUCAAUGCCCUGAGCUUCUGCUUCUUUCUUCUGGGUGACCUAAAUAGCUGUGCUAAGAACAAAUCUGGAUCAAGGGAAGGAGAGAGUGGGGCAAACCUUGUGUCAACGUUUCUUACGGCCCAACAGGCAUCACUUCAUCAGAAUAACGUUUAUAGCAUAUUCCUUUUGUGGCUGCUUUGUACAAGUAGUACGGAUUUUUUUUUGUGAUCAGCGUUAAUGCAUAUUGCAGCUUUCCCAGUCUUGGGAAUAAGUGCAUGGCUGACUAAGCUUCAGGCUUAAAAAAAUUAUUAUUAUUAUUAAAGAUUUUCAUGGUUCACAAAAAAUGAGCAUUGUCUUUUCUCAAAUCGUAUAGUCCUUUUUUACAUUUGAUGUGAGACAUUGUAUAGAAUAAGGUAGGGGAAGAAGAGUGGGGGAGAGGGGACUGGUGUGGUAAUAUUUAGUAUGUUUGUGGGGUUUUAUGCCGGUGUCACUCGAGUAGUUCUCUAAUUCAUUUAUUUUAUAUGUAUAUGUAUUAAGGGAUACAGGUGGUGCUGUGGUCUAAACCACUGAGCCUCUUGGGUUUGCCGAUCAGAAGGUCGGCAGUUCGAAUCCCCGCAACGGGGUGAGCUCCCAUUGCUCGGUCCCAGCUCCUGCCAACCUAGCAGUUCAAAAGCCUGUCAAAGUGCAAGUAGAUAAACAGGUACCGCUCCGGCAGGAAGGUAAACAGCGUUUUCGUGCGCUGCUCUGGUUCGCCAGAAGCGGCUUAGUCAUGCUGGCCACAUGACCCGGAAGCUGUACGCCGGCUCCCUCAGCCAGUAAAGUGAGAUGAGCGCUGCAACCCCAGGGUCAUCUGCGACUGGACUUAACUCUCAGGGGUCCCUUACCUUUACCUUUUUUAUGUAUAUGUAUAUACACAUAUACAUUUUUCUUGGUAGUGAGAGAGGUUGGGGGAGCCUAGGGCAUGGUUGGUUAUCUUUAGUUGGCUGCAGUGAGAUUUGUUCAUGGGGGUGGGGGAUGUUGGGCCAGGUCAGCCAUAUUGAUUCAAAUGCUGUUGGUGAGUUCUUGUUGUCUUGUUGGGCUGUGUAUGUGAUAAACGGGAGCCAUACUGGAAUGAAGGCAUAUAUUCUAUUUGUCCCCGUGACAGUUUCAUUCAGUCUAUUGGUUAAUUUUUCUAAUAAGGCUGUUUCCCAUGUAGUUUGAUACCAUUGGUCCAUGUUUACUCCUGACAGGUCUCUUCAGUGUCUGGCUAUGUUGUUUCUGGCUGCUGAGGGUAGGUAGGUUAUGAGCUCUUUAUAGUGUGCAUGAGCAGUAUUAUCUUGGAAGAUGUUUAGCAGGGCCAGUUCUGAGGUGACUUCUAAUAGCUGUUUAAGUUCCACCUAAGCUGCAAAUGGAAUAGCAAGCAAAUCCAUGAAUGGUGUGGGCUGCAGCCCUGAUUCACGCAAAACUGUGAGCAAAAAAUUAAACAUUCUCAAAGGAUUAAUAAUAAAAAAAGUUUGGAGCCCAAUUACCUAGCAUUGCUUUCAAACUGGAAGUGAACCUGUCUAAAUGUGCUCUGAGAAAACACCUGGUUAAAUCCUUGCCCUUUUUGUAAGUCGUGCAUUUCCUGAACAAGCGGGCCUAAUAGCUGGAUUAGAAACAUACUGGUUUUGCAACUAAAGAAAGCCGUUUACACCACCACAAUGUCUGGGCAUGCAGUGCACAUGGCUUAGAGGCAAGGGAGCAAUUGUGAAGUGGAAUUAAUUUAUUUUUUAGUGCUUAGGAAGAUCACUCCGUUGAGGACAAGGGGCCACGACCGAGUACAGGGCUGCCCCACAAUGUGUUGCUCCAGAUUUUAUCAGAAGCCAAGCUGGUAAAUAAUUGCUGGCAAAAGCAGUGUAUGUUUCACCAUGAGAUGGAAGGUAAAUGUCAACUUUGUUUGAUAGUCAUAAAUGGUGGCAAUAAAUAGAACAAACAUGAGCUAUGGGAUGAUAUUUAUAAAGCUUGCCUUGAAAUAUGCCCCCUGCGUGCAAAGAAUAGCAGACUUUUUAUUUGUUCCCUCCUGUCUCCACCCCUCCCUCCCUGUUUUUUUAAAAAAUAUUUAUUUAUGGUUUUCAGUUAUAACAAAAAAGAAAACAUUUCACAAAUCAUUCAACAGUAAUUCUGUCAUUUUAAAUCUUGACUUCUCUCCCCCUCUUUCUGCGGUUCCUUAAAAUUGUUUUUGUCUUUCCCUGUGUAUCCCAAAUUAUUUUAUUUUUUAUCUGCUACUUUUGAGAAACUGCAAGCUUUUACAAUAGUCCCGCUAAUGUCUUGAUCUGUGUGCGAUUUGUUCGUAGGUAUUCAAUAAACCAUUUCUUAAUAAAAAGUUUGUUAUUUCCCUCCCUAUGUGUCAGAGCAGGGGUUCCCUAUGUAUGCCAUGGUACCUGAGAAGGUCUUCAUUGGCACCCCCAGGCAGAGGCCCCAGACUCCAAACAUUCAUUUUUUUAAAGUCUCCAGAUUUCCUGUAAAGAAAGCUGUGAAGCAAAAUAUGCCCAUAUCCUUCUAAGUGAUGUCUGCUAAACUCCUGUCAGUGUUUUCAGCCAAUGAGUGAGUCAGAGCUGUGAGUGAUGAGUGACUUGUUGGAACACAGGGCAUUAGGAAUCCCUGGCGUCCUAAAGAGCUGCUGUUUUCUCCUCCCUUUUCAUGCACUUUUCCUGCUUCUGCCUUGUAUUCUGGCUCUUCGAAUCUCUGUAGCCUGUCUCUUUCCGUUAUCAAGCAGGAUGCGUCUUUCUUGUGGUAGGUUCUUCUGAGUUCAGAUAUAAUAAUAAUAAUUUGUACCCUGCCCAUCUGACUGGGUUGCCCCAGCCACUCUGGGUAGCUUCCAGCAUAUAUAAAAACAUGGUAAAACAUUAAACCUUAAAAAGCUUCCCUAUACAGGGCUGCCUUUAGAUGUUUCUUAAAUGUUAUAUAAUUACUCGUCUCCUUAGCAUCUGAUGGGAGGGUGUUCCACAGGGCGGGCGCCACUACUGAGAAGGCCUUCUGCCUGGUUCCCUGUAGCUUCACUACUCACAGUGAGGGAACCACCAGAAGGCCCUCAGCGCUGGACCUCAGUGUCCAGGCUGAACGAUGGGGUGGAGACGCUCCUUCAGGUAUACUGGGCCAAUACCGUUUAGGGCUUUAAAGGUCAGCACCAACACUUUGAAUUGUGCUCAGAAACGUACUGGAAGCCAUUGUGGAACUUUGGGACCGGUGUUACGUGGUCUCGGCAGUUGCUCCCAGUCACCAGUCUGGUGCUGCAUUCUGGUUUAAUUGUAGUUUCCAAGUCACCUUCAAAGGUAGCCCCACGUGGAGUGCAUUGCAGUAGUCCAAGCGGGAGAUAACCAGAGCAUGCACCACUCUGGCGAGACAGUCCGCGGACAGGUAGGGUCUCAGCCUGCGUACCAGAUGGAGCUGGUAGACAGCUGCCCUGGACACAGAAUUGACCUGUGCCUCCAUGGACAGCUGUGAGUCCAAACUGACUCACAGGCUACAUGGUUAUUUUCUCCAAAUACUGUUACAAAAGAUGGAUGGAUGGAUGUUUAAGAAUGUUCCCCCAUCUCAUGUGAAAACAAAAAGGCUUGGGCAUGUCUCCUACUGUGCAGGAGCUAAAACCAAUUGUACCAUAUGGUUGACUUGCAUCACAAUUGUAUACAUGUCUACUCAGAAGUAAGUCUCUUCGUGUUUAAUGGGGCUUACUCCCAUGUAAGAGAACAUAGGAUGGCAGUCUAUGUUUUGGUUUAAGGUUUGGCAUUGGAAGGGAGGGUUCUUGCGUGUAUUUAAGAGCUCUAUGGCGGGCAGAAAUUCAAUAGGUUUAACCUUUCCUAGUAUGAAAAUACAGUUAUAGGACCCAAUUCAUGAAAAUACAAUUAUGCACCCACUUCAUGGAAGCCAUUUUGCGACUGGCACCCACAGUAUUUCAAAAUGUGCCCGCUGGUCCAAAAGGUUUGGUAACCCUUUUGUUAGAGGAUCCUGAAUUCAGUUUUAAGAGAAAUGUUGGAUUUAGCAUAUUUAUACUAAACCCAGAUUUUAUUUUAGACCAGAUAAUGAACAUAAUGAAUAUAUGUUUAUAUAAUGAAUAUCCCUUAAAAUCACUUGGCUUAACUCAUUAUUUCAAUAUGCUUUUUAUGGCUUUUAUCUGCUGCUUAUAUAAAAAAUUUUUUUAUAGUAUCCUGAUAACCUGCACGAAGUUUUGUGUGGCUCCCAGAUGGGGCCUGGAGUUUAGUUUAUUUAUAGCAACUUCAGAAGAAACAGUGCCUGCCUCAAGGUGGCUGCUUCCUCACUAAGAAACACUUAAUAUAUCUACUCUGAUUCUCUUGUUUUCAACCAGGCUGUGUAUUGUUCCCCAUAAAAUCCAGGGUGAUCAUUCCUGCUUUGUAAAAGCUCCCCAGCUGGGUCAGGUUGUUCUUACUCCAUGAUCUGCCUUCAAAGCCCUUGAGGGCUUCCCAGCCUUUAUUAGCAGAGAAUUGUGUGUCUUUCACACCUUUGACAAAUUGACCAUGGAGGAGUUGGCUAAAUCGUAUCACAAUAUAAGUUUUCAAAGGGAGCACACAGAACAACAUGUUCCUCAGCAAGCAAAUUUAGCCCUUCAGCUUUGUUGCGGCCUCAAAUAUUGUUGUGUCCUCAAAAGAACCAGUAGCUUUAUUUGCAUGGCAUGACAGUGUUCAGCUGAAUUUCUGGUGACUGGGCAAAACAGAGAGCACAGCUGUUGCAACAGGAGAACAGGCCUGUUAGCAGGAUGCUGAGGCUUACCUGUACUUUGGUACCAACUCUAGCUGCUUUAUGUAAAUUUGUACGGUGAGAAGAGCCUGUCUUUGCUUGAGAAGUUUGGAGGAGCAAGUCAGUUGCUAGCUUUCUGCAACUCGGCUUUUGCUUUCCUGUAGUUGAUGCAAUAGGUUGUUGUGAGUUUCUUAAGCGCAUCCCACACGCUUCUUUCUGUGCACUUAAUAGCAUCUCAUGUAGCAUCCUGACCUGAAACCUCCUCACCUGCCAUUGUGCCUCAAGCUCUACUGACCUCCUCACCCCUGCCAACCAGCCAACUUCCUGAGUCCCUUAAUCUUUCCUCCUAGUAUUUAAAUGGCAUAUUUGUCUGGUCUGCAGUUGGUGAGAUUCCAGUGUGGGUGAAAAAUAGCAGGGGAUGGGUGGAGAAGAGAAUGCAUUUACUACUGACUUCCUCCCUGCCUUUGAAAACAGGGAUCAGAGAGAAUGGAGGAAGUUGAACUCUUCCCUUGGAAAAGUCUUAGACAUUCCUGGUCUUCUCCACCUGGGAUUAAAAAGUACAGGUGGGGAACUGAAAAGUGUUUGCAAGCAGAUGUGCCUGGAGAAGGUGGGAAUCUUGAACUGGCUUCAGUGAUCCAACAAAAUGACUUGGUGUUAAAAACUACCGUAUUUUUUGCUCUAUAGGACGCACUGGACCAUAGGAGGGGGAGAACAGGAAAAAAAAAAUUCUCCCCCUCUCUGCUCAGUGCCCCUUCAGCGAAGCGACAGGAGAAAUGGAGCACCUUCCAUUUCUCCCCCCGCUUCGCUGAAGGGGCGCUGCGCAGAGAGGGAAAACUGUGCAGCGCCUCUCCAGCGAGCGAAGCCUGGAGAGCAAGAGGGAUCAGUGUGCACCGACCCCUCCCUCUCUCCAGGCGGCUAUCUGCAAGCCUUCAGAGUGCAGCGGGAACUCCUGCUGCGCUCUGAAGGCUUGCGGAUAGCUGCCUGAAGCCCCCGGAGCGCUGCGGAAGUUCCCACUGCACUCCGGGGGCUUCAGGCGGCUUCAGCGAAAGCAACGCGAAGCCUCCGGAGCGCGGGAAGAGCUCUCCCUCUGCGCUUCGGAGGCUUCCUGUUGCUAUCGCUGAAGCCAAGGAACCUGUAUUCGCUCCAUAGGACGCACACACAUUUCCCCUUCAUUUUUGGAGAGGGAAAAGUGCGUCCUAUAGAGCGAAAAAUAUGGUAAGUUUUAUCUGACUGCCUGUUGGCCUCUUGUCUUUUUUGGAUAUUGCCCAAAGGCACAGAUUUAGUCACCAUGCUUACAGAAUCAUAUAAUUGUAGAGUUGGAAGGGAUCACAAGGGUCAUCCAGUCUAACCACCUGCAAUGCGGGAAUCUCUUUCCCCAAUGUGGGGCUUGAACCCACAACCCUGAGAUUAAAGAGUAUUGUGUUCUAUUGACUGAGCUGUUUUAGUUUUCACAAUAAUGUAGUUAAAUUUCUAUACUAAAAGCAUUGCAGAGUCUGUGCCAAGAAAUACAUAUUCUGUAACUGGAAUAAAUGCUGGAAAUCUGAAUGCAUCUGCAUGCAGUUACAUAAUUAGCAUGCUUUAUGCUUCCACAUUUUUUUUAAAAAAAAUCAAAAUAUCACUCUUGAGUCAGUGCACAGCCUAGAAGAGGAGAGGCAGUUUAGGGGCUUCAUUUCUCUUGAUUAGGGUUUUUCCCCCUGUGCUUAAUACUAUCCUCUAACAUGGUAGAGUUGCAACCUUUACAUUUCCCAAUGUUUUUAAACGUCAGAGCCCCAGCAUGGAUGCAGACUGAAACAUCUCCCUUUGUUCCCUAUUGCGGUCUGUGUGUAACUGAUCCCCAUUUCUACACAAUGAAAGUGAUACUUCCACGUAAGCGCUUUCCUGAGCCUGCUUACAUGAUAAGGAGUCCCAGGGUCAUCAGAGAGGCUAGGUAACUGAGAGUUAUCUCAAAUCAAGGGCUUCACCUCUGACUGUGUGUUUACAAAGAGGGCACAUUCUGACAUGAACAUACAACUGAGAGGAUAAGUCGGCCUGCCAUUAACACCUUCCGACAUGUGUCCUUGGCCGGCCAUCAUCAUCCCUGUGCUAGAUGGCUGUUUCCCACAGUAACCUAUUCUGACUCUGUCAGUAUACAUGAUGGGAAAUGUAAAAUGGCUGCUUGAGUGAUUGCUUCCUUGGAUUCAUCUGUGAAUUCUUUACAUUUGGAUAAAGCAAGGUGACUGCUGUCCUUUUCGACUGCUCUCCUUGGACAGAUGUUGCAACUCUUUGAUCCUUCAGAAGAAGCCAGUCUCUUGUAUCUGUUCCUCCUGUUUGUCUGCCUUUUCCCUCCUUAUCUCAUGCGCAGCCACCUGCGGGAAGCCAUACAGCAGAUUCAAGCAGCUCGAUUCCCGUUAACAAAAGUACAGUGGUACCCCGCAAGACGAACGCCUCGCAAGACGGAAAACCCGCUAGACGAAAGGGUUUUCCGUUUUGGAGGCGCUCAUAAAGCGAAUUUCCCUAUGGGCUUGCUUCGCAAGACGACAGCCCAUAGGGAAAUCUCAGGGACAGCGGGGAAGCGCAGCGCGUCUUCCCCACUGUCCUCGGACCUCCUCCGAAGCCUGGCGGCGGGGCGGGGACACCUCCUCCCGCCGCCGCCGGGCUCGGAAGGCUCCUCCGAGCCGGGCGGGGGAGGGAACACCUGCCGCCGCCGCCCGGCCCGGAGCGGUGCUCCGAGCCGGGCGGGGGGAGGGAAGACCUCCGCCUCUGCCCGGCUCGGAGCGGUGCUCCGAGCCGGGCGGUGGGGAGGAAGACCUCCCCGCCGCCCGGCUCGGGACGGUGCUCCGAGCCGGGCGGGGGGAGGGAAGACCUCCCGCCGCCGCCCGGCCGGAACGGUGCUCCGAGCCGGGCGGGGGAGGGAAGACCUUCUGAAGGCGGGCGGGGGCGAAGUCUUUGCUCCCCCUGCCUGCCUGUCCCGGAGGGCUUUUGAAGGCGGGGGAGCAAGACUUCGCCCCCGCCCGCCUUCAGAAGAGGUCCAGGACCUCUUCUGAAGGCUGGCGGGGGCAAAGUCUUUGUCCCCUGCCUGCCUUCCCAGGGGCUUUAAAUUGCCCCGGACAGCGGAGAAGUCCUCCGCUGUCCCGGGGUGAUUUUAAAAUGCCGCCCGCCAGCAUUUUAAGAUCGCCCGGACAGCGGAGAAGUCCUCCGCUGUCCCGGGGUUUUAAAAUGCUGGGGGUGGGAAGAAAAGCCCUUGCCCCCAGCCUUCAGAAGAGGUCCGGGGACAGACUGUCCCCGGACCUGGUCUGAAGGCGGUUUCCCUAGGAACGCAUUAAUUGAUUUUCAAUGCAUUCCUAUGGGAAACCGUGCAUCGCAAGACGAAAAACUCGCAAGACGAAGAGACUUGCGGAACGAAUUAAUUUCGUCUUGCGAGGCACCACUGUAGUUCUCCUUGCAUUGGGUGUUUGCAAAGCUUGGCAUGGGUCCCAGGGUGGUUGAAUAAACAAUUUAAGCUGGAGCAGGUUAGUUUUUACUUUCUGAUCAAGGACACGAAAUGUAUGAGGGUGUGAGUGGUAGGUUUCCAUUGUCUUAAUUCAGAAUGUUCUGUAUAAAUAACAUCUCAUUGGGCUUAUUUGCCUGAGCUGUGUUCACAGGGUGUGUUAAAGCUGCACUCGCAAGGUUAGAUUUUUGGUUUAGUGUGUUCUUACACAGUAAAUUAUGAAUGUUGCAGGUUUGAGAGGCCUAGCUUUAAAAUAUCUGCGGCCCCUGUGCUUCCCAAUCCUGGUGCUUAUUCAUAGAAGCAUAGAAUUGUAGAGUUAGAAGGGACCCUGAGGAUCAUCUACUCCAACCCCCUCUUGGGCUUGCCGAUCAGAAGGUUGGCGGUUCGAAUCCCCGAGACAGAGUGAGCUCCCGUUGCUCUGUCCCUAGCAGUUCGAAAGCACACCAGUGCAAGUAGAUACACAGGUACCGCUGUGACGAGAAAGUAAAUGGCGUUUCUGUGCACUCUGGUUUCCAUCACGGUGUCCCGUUACACCAGAAGCGAUUUAGUCAUGCUGGCCACAUGAUCCGGAAAGCUGUCUGUGGACAAACGCUGGCCCCCUCAGCCUGAAAGCGAGAUGAGCACCGCAACCCCAUCGUUUCCUUUGACUGGACUUAACCGUCCAGGUUAAACAAUUCUGUUAUUAAUUUCAGUUACCCAUGAUAAACACAGGGGAAUAAAUCAGGUUUUUGGAUUAAACCCCAAAAGGCACAGAGACUGCUGAGAUGUUUGGGCAGGGUUUUUUUUGGGGGGGGGGGAAGAGGCUGGUUACAGAGGAAACACUAACAUCUUGGAAGCAGGAACAUCUGGCUUGGCAACGAAGUGGAGCUUUUGAAUGUUGAGCUCCCUCCCCACGCUCUAAAGUUAUUGUCGCUAUUGAAGACUGAAGGUGGAGUUAGGCCCAAGGCCUGAAACUGAGCCAGCCUGCCUGAAUCCCUCUCUCAAAAGUCACGUGACUGCACAGCAGAGAGAACGGAGUCCUUGUGCUGGAGAUCCCGUUUUCUGUAGGGACUUGUCUGGCUCAGCCAUUCUCUUGUCCCUUUGCAUCACUCAAGAGAGCUGCGUUAUCCUAGUGAGAUUAGUGCCACAAGGCAAGGAGCCAACGCCGUUUCCCUCAGAGUGUUGUUUUAUUGAGCUUGUGCAUUCUGCAACGUGUUCUCGACACAACAUAAUGGUGCAUUUAAGGUGGGUUCGUUCUGCUUUCUUAGUUCUGCUAUGCUUUUCCCCCAGUGCUGCUCCAUUAGAGGGCUCAACAAUGUAUGUAGCUCAACAAAAGUGAGAUGAGAAAUACUCAGAACAUUUGUGGUGUGGGGAAAAAGUUGCAGGAUUUCAGCAGAAGAAAUGCCCUGACAGGAAAUGAAGCAGUGUGACAACCCCAGAAAAUUUGCAGGUGCAAAUAGUAUUGAAAAAGGGAUUGCUUAUGACUCGUCUGAUAGCAUUAUAAGCACAACUCAUUAAUGCACAAUAGAAAGGAGGGGCUGUAGGAGGUUACCAUCCUGGCAGGGGAUUGUGAUAGUCUAAACAACCUAUAUGCCAUUCGAGGAAGAACUAUCCUAGAUAAGCCUUGCUGUGACGCAAGCAAACAAUUGAGAUGUGUGCUCUGUGCAUUUAACCUGUGUGCUUGAGGAGCCGGGAGUAUGCAUGAGGACAGAAACACUAAACGAUUCUGGGUCUUGAUAGUAGGUGGUUUCGAGCCAGGUGAAGCCAUGUCUAGCCACUCUGGACAAUAGUGAUUAAUACUCUGUUCUUUCAAUAAGUUAUUGGGGUGGCUUGCAAUAAAAUAUUGAAGUACAAUACAACAAUGUAAUAUCCUAAAAAGCACUGUAAAGAAAUAUUUACAAGCCAAAAUGGACUGUCAGGGGCACCACAAAAUACCCGUUUCACAGAAGAAAAGCUGACAAUGCUCAGAACCCCUCGCUGCAAAAAACAGACAAAAUACCUAUGAAACAAAUAAAGCACACAGAAAUACCAGACCCUCCACUACGAAACAAUCAAAAAUAUCCCUCUCAGUGUUUUUUAACUGAGAGUAGCAGGUGUCCUUUGUGGGUGUCAGAGGGGGGUGUCUGCUGGAACCCUGGGUGUCACAUUGGGGAAUCCUAGGCAUGGGGUUUCCUAGAAUGAAGGAAAGGUUCUUGUGCAUGAAAUGUUAGUGCUUAUCUAGAUUUAAAAUAGCCUUUCAACCGUCUGAAUUGUGCCUUUACUAGCAAUGAUGACUAUUUUGGCUUAAAAUCCUUGUCAAAGAUCAGCCUUGUCAGCAAGGUCUCUCUUGGAGAGCUCAAUUUUUCCAGAGAAGCCCUUUAAUCAAAAGUCAAUAUGUACCCGGAAAUAAAAAGGGAAGAACAGAAGACGAAGUGGACUCUGCAGUGGAAGGUCAAGUGGGUCAUCCAUUCUUUGGGUGACGUGUUGCAAAACAUUCUAGGAAAGCAGGAGGGUAGCAGCACCCAGCAAAUAGAGAUCAAAUGAAAGGAAACCCAGAUAAGAGAGAAGUACUGUUGGCUCGCCAGGAAUUUUGGCUAGUAUCAAAAAGCGGUAUUCAUUCUACUUUGGAUGGGGCUGUACUGCCCUCGUAGGAGCAAGUGUGCAGCUUGGCCCAUACACUUGGACCCUGGUGAUUUUUAUCAGCUUUGGUUGAUUCAACAACUUAGUUCUUUCUUGAAGACAUGCUUAGCAUUAGUUAUCUAUGUUUUGUUUACUCCCAGACUAGACUUAUGCAAUGUGUUCUUCGUGAGGCUGCCUUUUAAACACUUUUCGGAAGUGUAAAGGUAAAGGUAAAGGUAAAGGGAACCCUGACCGUUAGGUCCAGUCGUGACCGACUCUGGGGUUGCGGCGCUCAUCUCGCUUUACUGGCCGAGGGAGCCGGCGUACAGCUUCCGGGUCAUGUGGCCAGCAUGACUAAGCCGCUUCUGGCGAACCAGAGCAGCGCACGGAAACGCCGUUUACCUUCCCGCCAGAGUGGUACCUAUUUAUCUACUUGCACUUCGACGUGCUUUCGAACUGCUAGGUUGGCAGGAGCAGGGACCGAGCAACAGGAGCUCACCUCGUCGCGGGGAUUAGAACCGCCGACCUUCUUCCGGGUUUUGCCGCACGCGCAUGUGCAGAAGCGCUCAAUCGCACCUGUAAAAAUUCUGUUUGAAAUUCAGCUGUGUAUGGUCUCUGCCCAUGGCCUGACAUUUGUAUGUGGGCCCUGCACGAGCAAUGCUGAAGGCUUGUGCAUCAAUACAAACGUGUUUAACAGCUGAAACUUGCAGUAGAGUGCAUUAAAAAGCAUUAUGGAACAUGUGACUUUGUGGCUUUGUGUAAUCGGUGAUGGACAGGAUGCAGGCAGCCUCAUCAGUGCCAGAUGGCAACCGCAAACCCAGUGGUUGCAAGAAUUGGCCCUUUUGCUAUUCUGCUGUCACUGGCAGGCAGGAAGUUAAGUGGGCAGGUAUGAUUACCAUAGUGUUCUGCACUGAGGCUGCUGAUAGCCUGCUCACUGGCGGAAGCUGCCUUCCCACCUGUCUUUAGCAAGUAACCACAAUGCAAGUUUAUGUUGCUUUCCUUCCUUUAAUAAAUUAAACUUUGUGUGUGCUGGCAGGCACAUUCCUGCCCAAAUAGUUCUUCCUGCUAACAGUGCAAGAAUUGUGCAGAGAGGCUACCUUUUUUGUCCACAGCCCCUGUACCCAGGAGUAAGUCUCACUGACUUCAGUGGUGACUCAUGGAUAGGAUUGAGCUGCCUGUGCCAUGCAGUGCUUGGGUGUAAGAGGGGAACAGGACAGGUUGGACGGAGCCUAGCCUAGCCAUAAGGCGCAGCUGUGAGCUAGGGAAAGUUAACUGUGCAUUGCUCUCCUUAACAUUCUUCCACUGAAGAAACUUUGGGUGGAGGUGGGAUACUGAGUUGGGCAAGUCCCCACCCCCAUUAUGCACAAAAUGGCAUUGCACAAGUCUAAUAGUGACAUUUAAAAAUCUUUUGUUUGUUUGUUUGUUUGUUUGUUUGUUUGUUUCAAAGAGAUGUUUAAUCUGCAGGUAAAGGUAAAGGGACCCCUGACCAUUAGGUCCAGUCGCAGACAACUCUGGGGUUGCGGUGCUCAUCUCGCUUUACUGGCCGAGGGAGCUGGCGUACAGCUUCCGGGUCAUGUGGCCAGCAUGACUAAGCCGCUUCUGGCGAAACCAAAGCAGUGCAUGGAAAUGCUGUUUACCUUCCCGCCAGAGCGGUACCUAUUUAUCUACUUGCACUUUGAUGUGCUUUCGAACUGCUAGGUGGGCAGGAGCAGGGACCAAACAACGGGAGCUCACCCCGUUGUGGGGAUUUGAACCGCCGACCUUCUGAUUGGCAAGCCCUAGGCUCUGUGGUUUAACCCACAGCGCCACCCGCAUCUGCAGGUACUGGCUGCUAAAUGCUGUAUUUGAAAUUCCGACUAAGCAUCAAGAAGAACUUUUGGACAGUAAGAGCUGUUUGACAGUGGAGCAGACUUCCACAAGAGGUGGUAGAUUCUCUUUCCUUGUAGGUUUCAAAGCAGAGGUUGGAUGGGCACCUGUCAUGUAUGAUCUAGUUCAGAUUCCUGCAUUGCAGAGGGUUGGACUAGAUGACUCUUGGGGUCCCUUCUAACCCUUCAGUUCUACGAUUCUGUGGGUUAAGGGGGCAGGAGAUGCUGCCUCCCAAGAUCAAAGGUAAUAUACCCUGCUAAACUUUGCAUCCUUAGGUCCUGCUUCUUUCCAUCCCUUUCAUUUCAUCUGAUUCCAGAGUCCUCAAUAAAUUGCAUGGUAGUGAAUGCAAGUCAACCAUUUAGGUCACUAUUCUGCUUGUAACCAAGUUUGACUAGGGGUUAUGGGACAGCAACCCACAAUGAAGAUAAGGCUGAAAGCUCUGCACGAAGCUGUUUUUCUGGUUUAAUGUGUUUAGCCUUAGACGUUGCAGUCUGAAGCUGCCCAGAGUUUCUUGCGCUAGCUGGCUCAUGGAUGGUUUUGGCUUGGAUAACCCAGCUCCAGAUGCCCCAUGCCUGCAAGCCCUGGCGACUGCCUGCUUUCCUUCAUUGUAAAACAAUGGCUCCAAAGCAGUAAAUGGAGACUAAACAGAGCCAGGUUCAAGCUGUAAACAUUCCUCCCCGUGGCCCAGUGUCAUCCCUCAGUUUUUCCAUUAGCACUGCUUUUAGGGAUUGCUCACCUUUGCAUUCCCAUGCAAAUUGAGAUCAUGUGCAAUUUGUAGUUGCGCUGUCAAGGGAGUGACUUCCUAAGUGCUUGGGUUUUUUUAAUAUAAAUACUUGAGGCUUGUACAAAAUGGCACAGAGCUGGAAAAAGUUGGGAAGGUGAUUGAUGGCCCCUGUGUCAAGCAGAGUAAUGGCUGUCUUCUUGCUGAAAACCAGUGGCGUACAUUUAAAUCCCAACUUGCAAAGGCAUGUUGGGUGGCCUUUGCCAGCCCGCUAUAAUGGGCUCCUUGCCUCAGUUCCUCACUUGGAAAAUCAGAGGCAUUGUGGCCUACAUAACCCAGAUGAGAAUUAAGCGGUUCUGUUGUAAAUAACUACAUGCAAGGGUAGAGCUGUAGCUCAGGGAUAGAGCACAUGCAUUGCAUACAGAAGGGAUCUGUUUCAACCCCUGGCGUCGCUUUUCUGAAACUUUGGAGAGCUGCUGCCAGUCAGUGCAGACCAGCCUUCCUUAACUGGUUGCCCUGCAGGUGUUGCUGGACUCAAACUCCUACCAGCAUGGCUAAUGGUCAGUUAAGUUGGGAGCUGUAGUCCCAACAGCAUGUGGAGGGUUGGGGAAGGCUAAAGUAUAUGAUGCAUAUACUUUAGGUGGACCAUUGUUCUGUAUGCACCCAAUACCUUGAAACACCCAAAGCACAUUCUUGCCCUAAAAGAAUUCUAGGUGCUGUAGUUUGUUACAGGUUGCUGAGAAUUGUGACUCAGGGGUAAACUACACUUCCCAUAAAUCUUUGAUGGGAGAAGCAUAUGCUUAGGAAUGUGAUUUCAAAGCUGCAGGGUAUACACAGCAGUGGAAUGCCUUAUUCAGUUCAAGCGUGUUAAAACAAAAGAGAUUGUCUUGGCAUUUGCUAAAACUCUUCUGGGAAACGGAUCAUCUGCCUUGUCGCUUUGGGAAUCCCCAGUUUUGCUUUUCUUUUCAUGAAGGCAAUAGCUGUGCUUGGCCUUUGCAAUGCAACUUUGCAUGGCACUUCCCAAAUGCCCAGCAGCCAGCUCGGCUGUUGGGAAACACUGUGGCUUUGCAAGCCCUGGGCUCUGUGCUUCCCAAGGGCCAAGCAGAGUGUAAUAGUGUUCCACACAGAGAACUCUAAUCUGCAGAUGCUCUCUACCUGCCUGAAGCUAGCAUCACAUAUGACAUCAAGUUUGGGGCAACUGCCUGUGCUUUUGAGGAAGCUGCACCACGGGCCAACUUGGAGAUCUGUGCUGGGCCAAAUUUGGGCUGGGGGCUCCUCGCCUCUGCUCUAAGCACUGCAAUACAUUGCUUGCAUUGGAUUUAUUUUAAUAUGAGGCAUGUUUAGAUUAUUUUGCCUGCUUGGCUCUGAGAGACCAGACUAUAAAUAAAAGGGGAACGUCGAUUGACAGAAUUAUUUGUGUGCAUGCUCACAUUAGCACCCUUAGACACAAAUUCGCACACUGUUUUGCCCUUGGACUCUUAGAGCCAACCUACCCACUAUAUAGAAUUGAGUAGCAGAAUUCUGGAAACCUGCUGGUGUAGGUGGGGGGGAAAUAUUCAGAGCCCUGUUUUGUUUUGUUUUGUUUUGUUUUUGUGAGGCGGUGGUGGUGCUAUUUCAAAGGAGGAAUGUUUCAGGGGUGUGUGUAUAUACCGUAUUUAUCUGCAUGUGCCUGCUUUUGUGGGGUUUUGUACUGUACACAUGUCUGUGCUAGCAGGACACGGUGCACCUGGGAGUAGGUAUCGUAAAGGAACUGCCUGCCAAUUCUUUAUAAAAACCUUCAGGCCUUUCCUUAUGGCCAUGCCAAAAAGCUGCAAUUGGUUGCAUAGCUAAAGUUCUUGCUAUAACUAGCAUAGACAGAAUGUGGCACAGAACACAUUUUCUUAAACGCAAAAAUCUGUGGGGGUUUUUCCUCUGGAAUUUCUUCCGAAAUGCAUUGGUGCUAAAUGGAGAUGAGGUGCUUUUCUUAUAGGCUGCCCCCUGCGAUGGUGAGAAACGGAGUUAAGGAAGUAGUAGAGGGUGGAACAUGAGAAUGUCUUGAGUGCAGAAGCAAGGGAAGGAGGGUGCCAGCUGCACCGACAGCCAUGUGUUUUGUGCAUGGGGCAGAGGGGUGGAGGCAUACAGGCAAGGGAAGAGCUUGGUUCAGCUGCCGAACCAUUCCCAUAAUUUAGCUAAACUUCAAAAAAGGUACACAGUAGAAAUGAAAGUGUAUUUUUUUUUCCAACUGAGCUGCUAGAAAGUUGUCUCUGGUUUCUGAGCUGGGUAGUUGUAAUGAGUGAUGUUGAAAAGGGGGGAGGAAAGCAGGAGGAGAGAGAUAGAAGGCUCAUUCCUUUUUAUUGGAAACCAUAGACUAAACAAAUGCAUGGUGACAAUUCUGCAUUGUGUGCAAGCUGUACUUUGCAAUCCAGCCCUGGGAAAUAUGGAGAAAAGAGGCUUCUGAACUCAUCCCUGAUGAGCUUGCGUUCUGGGAGGCGGAGGAGGAGGAGAGUUAUGAGAAGAAUGUCUUCUCUUUUUUUAAGGAGCUGCAGGGGAGGCGGGAUUAGGGGUUUCUUUCACAGCCAUAACUGAAAACAGUAAAGCUGUUUGAUAUCCAGUGCCCAGAUUCUCAUUGCAAGGGCCAUUUUAAACAGGGCUGUUUCUUGCAUAGGAGGGCACUUCAGAUCUUUCUGUUGGUAGAGUUCUUGCAACAGAAAAGGUAUGCCAGGGGCAUGUUUGAGGAAAAUGGCUUGAGAGCCAGCGUGGUGUAGUGGUUAAGAGCGGUGGACUCAUAAUCUGGUGAACCGGGUUCGCUUCCUCGCUGCUCCACAUGCAGCUGCUGGGUGACCUUGGGCCAGUCACACUUCUCUGAAGUCCCUCAGCCUCACUCACCUCACAGAGUGUUUGUUGUGGGGGAGGAAGGGAAAGGAGUUUGCCGCUUUGAGACUCCUUAAGGGGAGUAAAAGGUGGGAUAUCAAGUCUAAACUCUUCUUCUUCUUCUUCUUCUUCUUCUUCUUCUUCUUCUUCUUCUUCUUCAAAUGUAUCUUGAUAGAAUGCUGGUUCCACAGCCUUCAGGCCUUUUUAGCAGAACUAGUUCCCAGAGAUCGAUCCAGAGAUGUCCAUCAUUCUUGAGGGCUGUCCAAAUAUCCCCCAAGCCAUGCCUCUUGCCAACAAGUCUGGAUGAUAGCAAUAGAAAGGUCUGUCUGGGAUGUGAAAAGUGAAAGCAGCCCCCUGCUUUCCUUGCCACUUUGAUUUCCGCAGAAGGGAAAAUUGUGGAAGGUGGUGGAAUCUUGGAGAAAAGUCUGCUCUUGAGUAGGCCUGGGUGAUAGAGCAAUAUAUCGCCCAGAAUCGCUAUGAGGGGCUAAUCAUGAUGGUGGUUUCACUCGGCAAUAUAUCACUGGUGAAGCCGUCGCCACUCAUGAGUCCCUCCAGCACCCAGUGCAGAGGGAGAAACAGGCUGCGUUGGUGAGGCUGCAUACAGCUUGUUCCUUCCUCCAUGUCUUUAAAAUGCUUGGCUGAGGAGAGCACAGCUGCCCUCACCUCAUCCAAGCAGUUUUCUGGAGCUCUAGACUUGCCACUGGCUUGCUGGCAAAGGAGCCCUGCUAACGGAGGCUGUCAGGCUCCAUUGCAGGGCUCCCUCCAUCUUGGGGAGUGGUCUGGCUUGCUCAGCUGUCGGGCGGGAUCCUCCCUGCCCCAGCUGAGCAGCGGGCUUGGGCAUUGGCCCUGACCUGCAAGGCAGUGGGGUGAAAGGGUCCCAGCUCCCACGGUGAGAGCUGUGGCAGUUUCACCCAGCAACUCAAGGGCCAGGACCAACGCAGCUUUUUUCAACAUAAUGGUAUAUCGCCAAACCACAAUGUUUGGCUGGUGAUACACUGCGAUGUUGAAAACCUAAUAUCGUCCAGCCCUGCUCUUGGCUUGCAUUAAAAAGUGCUUGUAACCGGGGGCAUUUUCUCUUAUCGAGCUGAUUCUUACUCUUAUUUAAAGUAACAGCACGUGAGCCAUUGGGAAUUUAAAAGUGGGGACCCUAGAGGCAAGUGACUGCCAACUAAAAUAGCCGGUUUAUUGAGAGAGGAGUGAUGGCAUACUGUCUUCUGUGGUCCUUUGAGAAACAAAGGACCAGAUCUCUAGGAGGAUUCCACUCACCCCCUUGAUGGUUGCCAACGUGGGACUCCCAAUACAUUCCUCCAUCUUUCUGUCUGAUGGAUGAUGUGCAAUUCUUGUACUCUGUUUGCUACCCUUGGUGGUGUGUUGGUGCAGUGAUCUUCUGUUUUCUGUCUAUUUGUCCUUACGUCAGACUUCCCAGAACUUUCUCCUUUAUGCAUUCUGUGAUGAAAUGUUUUCUUAAGAUUUGAACCAUAAUUGGGAAACGAAGUCAAGCGGGUUCUUUCACUGGAGGAAGGGGGAUGACCUGAUCCUCCCUUGCCGUACUUCCUUUCCCCAAACCCACUCAUCAUAAACAGAGUUCUUCCAGCAACAGGAUCCACAGGGUGCCUCCUUGAGCAGUAGGUUCGCAGGAAAAGUUUGGACGGGGUUAGGAAAGAGACACUGCAGCUCUAAAUCAUAGCUACAACCCACCCUGCCUCCUUGCAUACCAAACAAGCUGUUCUGGCAAAUGCAAAUCUUAAAACUUGGGGUUUUGUUCAAAACCCCCAGCAUGCAUCAGAGGCUGCAGUAUAAUUUGAGGAAUGUUUGUGUGUUUCGUCAUCUGGCAAGCAAUGCAUGAGAAGAUUUGCUCCCGGCCAAGUCUGUGGAGGACACAUGUUUGCCGGGUCAGUGUGCCAUCAUGGCUAAAGCUUCUGAGACAAGUUUGUGUGCUGUAAAUGGCUGAGGAAUUGGGUGUUUCAGCACGUGUCAAUAUCUAUCCUAAGGAGAAAAUUCCAAAGGAAGGUCCAUCUGCUUAUAUUCUGUGAAUUCCUGGAACAGGCGUGAAUACCCUGUGACAGCUCUCUAGGUGUUGCUGGACUCUCCUCAUUACCUGACCAUUGGCCACGUCAGCUGGAGCUGAUGGAAGUCUUGCAAUAUCUGAAGGAGUCCACAGGUCCCCCAUCCCUCUUUCUUCUUCAAGAGUAAGGGGCAGCUCUUUAAACUGAAGCUUGCCCUCAACUCCUGUACCACAUUUCUGACAUGAUGGUCCACAUGUGUUUCCCAGCAAUGAAAAAAGUCACUUAAAAGUCUCCUCCCACAGUGUAUUUAGUAUAGAGCUUUCACAUUCUUAAAUCUGAUAAUGAAUAGCAGCAUUGGUUUCUCGCUCAUAUAAAAUACCAAAGCGGCUUGCAGAAGAAAUUCUAACAUCAACCUGGAAACUUUUAGCGGGAAGAGUUCCUUUCUCUCCUACCCAGAAUGAUCUAGUCUUUCUUUUCUGUUCCUUUGCGUAGGAAGAUAAUUGUCAGGUUGUUCUAAAAUCGUUUCUAACAUUGUGUUUUUAUGCUGAAUCCUGCCCUGGGAUCAUCGGGUGAAGGCGGGCAAUAAAUAAAUAAAAAUAUAAGACUAAAUAUUAGGGUGGGGUGCCUUAUUUUUCUAGAGCUCCAUAGCUGGGGGGAAACAUUGUACCAGCAUGAGCAGUGGAGGAAGAUGGGUUUUUCAGUAGCUCAUAGGCAGACAUAGGAAUCAGGUGGUAGAUCGACCUAGCUGUUUCAUAAAAAGUGACAUGGCAGUGAGGUGAGCAUCUGACAUGCUUAUUUGAUCUUAGGCCAACUGAGAGGCACCACACGAGUUGCAGAAAUGGGUGUCCUUUGAGCACGCCAUAUUGAAGAGUGAGGUGACUGAGGGUGGCUGUGGAUUCUGCCCUGUAUGUCUGCGGGGAUAUGUUGCAAUUACUGGAUGUUCCACUUCCCAAAGAAGCUUCGUCAUGGACUUGGCUUCCUUGUUUGAGGAGGGUGAAGUUGUGCCAGCUGCUGGGUGUGCCAGCUCCUCCUCAGUGUGGGCAGUGGCUGUGAAUGACGUGUUCUUCCAUCACUGCCCAGCUUUCCUAUCUCCACUCAAAGAGGAAGCAUGGAGGCAGGGUGCCCAACAAGUCAAAUAAAUGAAUAAUGGGAGGGUUGGGUGUUCUUCUACCAUCUCUGUUGUUGUGGAUAUUAAAGUUCCCAGUAAACACUCUUGUUUGGGUUGCUAAUCCUUUGUACAAAUAUAUAUGGAUGUAUAGGAGGAAUGACGGGGUUUCAUUACGUAAAGCAUUAGCUCUCUUGCUGUUUUGUAUGGGUAUUCAGCAAACACAGGUCGGUUAAGGGGUGCAGUAUGUUUUUAUAUUGGUUUUUAUUAGAGAUUUUCUUGCGUUACAAAACAAAUAGGGAAAAGUACAUGUAGCACCUUCAUUUUUCCAUUUAUAGACUUUUUCACAGCUUGUUUACAAUUGGUAUGAGACACUAUUGUCCUAGAUAUCAUGCAGUUUGGAGGGGGGGAGAGAGAGGGUAACAUUCCUGGUCUCACUGGCUUCAGUACGACCCUAGGAUACAAAAGCCAGGCUAGCUAGCCAGAGCUGCACUGGUAAUCCUCUGCAGACCCAGACCAACGUUUGCAGAGUUAUGGAUGGCAAGUCACACUUUAAAAAUCUGCAUUUCUGUCUCCAGGUGGUCCUGGCUAUACAAUUUGGAAAGAGAUCAAUGGAGAAGUUGAGAGUAGGAUGGAGAAAUGACCACAAACUGCAGUCCCAAUGCUUCUUGUGUUUCUCUCCUUUAGAAAGAGUUGCGGCCUCGCCUCUGCCGGAUGAAGAAGGGCCCCAAUGGGUAUGGAUUCAAUCUCCACAGCGACAAGGCCAAGCCGGGCCAGUAUGUACGAGCGGUGGAUCCAGAUUCGCCAGCCGAAGCUUCGGGACUCCUGCCUCAAGACCGCAUUAUAGAGGUAUGCGGGGUUGGGGGUGAGAUGUGCACAGGCCCCAAACAAGGUCCCUAGUAGUGGUGUGGAAAUAGGUCACACAGCAAACAGACUGGCGGGACUGAAAUCCUUGGGGUGACUUUUUACUCCUUUGUGACCUGUAACUAUAUGGCUCUGUUCAGGUGUAACAAACCAUGGUUUGCUACAAAAGCCAACUGUGGGGGGCCACUGACUUGCAUGCUUCCCUCUUAUCUUCCUCCUCAGUACACAAGAGGAGAUUGAAAACUUCCGCUUUGGGAUAAGCUACAGCCUUGUGUUACGUCCCAUUUCUGAAUUGUAGUUUGUUCUAACCAUGGUUAGUUAAAACGGAACCAGGGUGUCGAGCGGUGGUUUUAUCCUUUUUUUGUGGAUAGGCCAUGGUUCCCUGGUUUCUGGGUGCUGCCAAAAACUGCAAAAGCAUCUGCAGUCUUCUCCUCUCACCGGCAAAGGAGGAGUUGGGUGCAUGCGAGUCAGAGGUUUGUGGUCAUCAUAACAAUAAAUGAUGGUUUCUUACAUCGGAACUGGGUGUGUCUCAAUUUUCAUGUGUGGCCAUUGCAACCAGAGCUCCCGUGUCACCUUCCCUGUAUAGUAGUGCGGUGGAGUUUCCUUCCAUAAUUGUUCAGCAAACCAAAGAGCUAAUGGAGUUUCAUAGGGGAAUUGGCAAAAUUAGAGUGACCUAGCUGUUUGUGAGUUGGCUAUAAAUGUAGCUUGUGAUCCAGGUUGAGAUAGUAGCAGGGCAGCUAGUGCAGUGUUUUUCCAAAUUCUCUUCUCUCCCUGCACACCCACUUUUUAAAUUAAACCUAAAUGCCGUCAAAAAUUGAGGAGUUCAGCUCUCAUCUCCCAACUUGAAAGCCAUUCUGGUUUUACAGAUCUGCGCACCCCUCCUCCAUUUCCCCCCCACACGUAACUUGGCAGUUUAACCUGCCUUAGGUAUGUUUAAUUCUUGUGUUUCUUUCUCAAAGGCCUUUACUUUGACAUUAAGGUGGGGGGGGGGAGGUUGUACAGCUACUAUUCUGGGACUUCAGUGUGUGGAGAGUCAUGGGCAGCAGUGUGUCAGUGUGGACUGAUGCAAAAGGAUUAUUUUAGCAUGGUACCACCACUCUUUCUCUCUUCCCUGGUAACUGGGCCCACCUGGCUGAUGCAGCAGCUUCAGUUCGAUGUUUCUUGCUCAGUGUCUUGUGGAUUCCUAACUGCUCUCAUUUUAAUUAAAGCACCACCAAACAAAAUAGGUCCCUGCCCCGAGGAGCUUCCACAUUUGUUUUUGUAAAUCACUUGGAGCUCUGUUAUGUUUUUAGAAUCAAGCGGUAUAUACAUUUCAUGAAAUGAAAUCUGACAUGUUCUAUGGGGAGGCACCAGCAAGAAGGAAGGAAGGAAGGAAGGAAGGAAGGAGUGGUCAAAAGUAACUAAGAAAUUGUGCAUUCAGUGUUCACUCUCUCCACCAAAGAAAACGUCUCCUUCGGUAUUGUUAGCAUUUGGAUAUUGGUCGUUUUGGCUCAAAUCCAAACCGACAGGCCCUUUUUUUAAGGAGCAAAGGAGAGAUAUUGCAAGCAGUGCAGUGGGCUGAGAAUCUAUUGGCGGAAAAGGGUUUUGGUGGGGUUUUUUGGAUCAAGUUGUGAGACGGUGCGCCUUGAAUACAAAUAAGAGUUCCAUCAUUGGGUCGUUUCACUAAAAGGCUUGUGAAUUGCUGAACUAGAGGAAGACAAAUGUAUUAGUUGCCCUGGCACCAAUUACAGCCAGAUCUUUCAUGCUGGAGCCGUUCAGGGAUUAGCAGAGAAGCCAGCAAAACCUCAUUAAAAUCAGAUUUCCCUGAAGCGAUUAGCACAGGAUUGCACAAGCAAAGCUGCCAGGUUUGUGUGGCCAGAGAUGCACACAGGCUAGAUGACAAGCCUGCACACCAGGCACGUGACGUUGUGUACAAACUGACAGGGAGGCUGCCUGGAAAGCUGUUGUCUGUGUGUUGUUUGUAGAAGAUUCUUCUUCCCUCUGACAAACCGGUUGCUGCUCUAAAUGCCUGUCAGUUAAAUCCUUCGAAGACAGAGGUCCUCUGGCUGGGACGCAACGAUAUGGGAUUGAGGGGGCAACUCCCAUCUCUUGCGGGGGUGCAAUUAGUGCCAGCACCGUCCGUUAAGAGUUUGGGUGUAAUCUUCGAUACCUCCCUCUCCAUGGAGGCGCAGAUUGCAGCUAUAACAAAGGCGGCAUUUUUUCAUCUCCGCCAAGCUAAGCAGUUGGCUCCUUACCUCUCUCGCCCUGACCUAGCCACUGUGAUCCACGCGACGGUCACCUCCAGACUGGAUUAUUGUAACUCGCUCUACGUGGGGCUGCCCUUGAGACUGACCCAGAAACUCCAGCGGGUGCAGAAUGCCGCAGCGAGAAUCCUUACGGGGUCUUCGCUGCGAGAUCACAUUCAUCUGGUGCUAUACCAGCUGCACUGGCUCCCGCUGGAGUACAGGAUCAGGUUUAAGGUGCUGGUUUUAACCGUUAAAGCCCUAUACGGCCUAGGACCCUCGUACCUACGGGACCGCCUCUCCUGGUAUGCCCCACAGAGGAACUUACGGUCUUCAAAUAAAAACAUCUUGAAGGUCCCAGGCCACAGAGAGGUUAGGCUGGCCUCAACUAGAGCCAGGGCUUUUUCGGCUGCGGCUCCAACCUGGUGGAACGCUCUGUCACAAGAGACAAGGGCCCUGCAGGACUUGACAUCUUUCCGCAGGGCCUGCAAGACAGAGCUGUUCCACCAGGCCUUUGGUCAGGGCGCAGCCUGAUUCCCUCCUUUGGCAAUCUUUACAAAACUUUAGUUUAUGGUUGCCAUCAAUUUUGAUUUUAAUUAAUUUUUAUAAUGUUUUUAUAAUGUUGCACUAUUUUAGUGUUGUUAGCCGCCCUGAGCCCGGCUUCGGCUGGGGAGGGCGGGAUAUAAAUAAAAAUAAUAAUAAUUAUUAUUAUUAUUAUUAUUAUUAUUAUUAUUAUCUUGCUUCCUCCCUAGCCCCAUUGCUGUGUCCACGGGUGAAGCCAGCAUUGCACGUUACACCAGAAGUUUGUGUGGACAGUGUUUUGGCUAGUAAAUAUCCAUGUGGUCAGCCCUACCAUCUGUUGAUUGGUGAUGGGCUGUUCUCCCCUCCCGUCUUAUCCAUUGCUACCCCAGUUAAUUCUUUAAAAGUGGGAACCCUCCUGUUGUGCUCACCAGAAAACCAAAAGUGUGAGACUUGAUGCUCAUAAGAAGAGCACCGCAGGGUCAGGCCAACAGGGAACCAACAAGUCUAGCAUCCUGUUCUCACAUUGGCUAACCAGUUGCCUAUGGGAAGGCCUGCAAGCAGGACCUAAGCUCAGCAGCCCCUCUCCCUACUGGUGAUUCCUAGGAUCUGGUAUUCAGAGGCUUGCUGGCUCUGACAGUGGAGGUCGGACACAAUGAGGCCCAAGCGCAUGGGUGCCUUGGUUGUGCGACUUCUGCUUCCACCUUUCAAGUAUGGUGGUGAGAGCAUUGGUGGGUUGCUUCAUCACUCUGGAGGAGACCUGGGUUGGUACCUUCAUGAACAUGGAGGAUGGAGAACAACUGCCUCUUCUUGACAGGGCACGAACCAGUGUUAGAAACUCAUAUAUAUAUAAGCUAGGUGCUUUAUAAAUCUAGGUUGCAGUCGCCAUAACAUAAUGUCUAUUUGCCAGGGGGUUGGACCAGGUGACUCUCGGGUUCCCUUCCAACACUACAAUUCUAUGAUCUCAGUUACAUUGCUUGACGGUAGCUUGCUCUUUCAACACAUCACUUGUUCCAGUAUGCAAGAAGGAGGAUUGCACACAGUGGACAUGGAAUUGGUAUUCUGGUCUCUGUGCAAAUCUACUUUGUUCCCGCUGCUGCUGCUGCAACCCAGCCACCCCCUCGACCUACCUGCUGUGUCAUGGCAAUGUACUGGUCUCCAAUGAUAACAAACCAGGAUGUGGCUCUGGUUGGCUUCAUGCUCUAGGUCAAAAUGUUUGGAAUACAACGUUUCGAAUCGCAUAGGAACUUCAGGCCUUGUGGUUUUGAAUGAUAAAAUAAUCUGCAGCAGACUCCUGUAGCCACAUUUCCGUCUUUGUUGAACCUUCUGGUGAUGGGGAUAAUGGUAGAGAGUUAAUACAGGCCAGUGCUGAGCUUCUCCCAAGCCCCAAAUAUCAAUGGUCCCGCCUUCGUUCCUGAUUCGUAUGCUACUCAAAGUGCUCAGGAAGCUCAGUUGUUCUAGUGGCACCCCUUUGAUCAUGGAGUGGUUUGCAUACUUUCUGGUUUGAUAGUCCUUAUCAAAAGGUUUUUAAACACUGAAGGAGUUUGUCUCCAUCCUGGAAUGCACAGUGUGGUCCUGCAACCCACACACCCUGGCGAAGCCAGGCGUGACUGGGUUGUACUUUUGGUAUUUGCAGUUCUCAGACUGUGCCUCCAGACCGUCAGUGUUUUGCGGGAGCAAUUCAAGCCCAUCCUGGAAAAUUAGGCUUGAGCAGUGAAAGUGGGUUAAAGUCCUCUGUCGCCUUAGUGCAAGGAAUUCACUUUUUUAAAAGAGAGAGAGAGAGAGAAACCUUUUUGCAGUUAGGAAAAUGAAGGCAAGUGAAAAGUUUAGAAUGAACGUAACGGGAAGACGUACAAACACCCCGCAACCAAAUCGGGGUGAACACUUGCUGUUGUAUAACCUCCCCACAAACAAAUCUGAACAAAUAGUCAGUGAAGACCAGAUAUAGUCUAACCUCCGUGUAAGCUUUGAGCAAUCAAAUUGGGAUGCAUGCUCAAAAAAUGUCUUCUGGGUGAGUCCCUUGAGAACCUAUGGGGGCUCUUCCAUAAAAUGAUGGGCAAGUUCUCCUGAAACACACGUGGGUAGGCUGACUCUUGAAGGACCUUCAAGUUGUCUCUCCAUAUCUCUGGUGCACUGGGGGGAGCAUGGUUUGUGAUGGGUAGGGUGGUGCAUGGGAAGCUGUAACCCCCAAGCAUGUUCUUUCUCCCCUCCCCAUUUGUCAUGAGUGUAAGUGUGUGACCCUGUUAACCACAAGUCCAGCGCAUGUCCCAGGCUUCCCCAGACAGCCCACCUACUGAUGCACAUGGCCUUCAAUGUCAAGAAGGUUGCCCACUCCUGGUCUAAGGUGACAGCUUUUCUUUCCACCUACCAGACCACCUGCUGCUUUAUCUAAUCUCAGAAACGCAUUGCAUUCCUUGCAGGUGAACGGGGUGUGCAUGGAAGGCAAGCAACACUCGGACGUCGUUUCGGCCAUAAGAUCUGGUGGAGAUGAGACUGAGCUGCUAGUGGUGGAUAGCUUAGCGGACGAGUUUUUCAAGAAGUGCAAUGUCAUCCCUUCUGAAGCACAUCUGAAAGGUGAGGCACCCAUUCUGGCAGGAAUACUCCUAAGGAUUGGUGUGAUCUAAUCAGGGCUGCUCAUUGUUGUUUUGGAUAGCGAAAUUGAGGUUUUUCAACAGAGGGGCGGGUGGCCGUAUGUCAUUGAUACUUUAGUUGAGAUUCCUGCAUUCCAGGGGCCCUUCCAACUCUGCAGUUCCAUAGUUCUAUGAAUCCGGUUCUGAAACUGCAGGACCUCUGCUAAGAAAGGCCACUGAUUUUUUGUGCAGUUGAGAAAACCCUGCAUAGCCAUUGUGUGUGUGUUCCUCUUUUUUAAAAGGGGAGGGGAGCAAUUGUUGAUGGUGGAGAAGCUUUUUCCAAGAGUUGUUUCCCUGUGAUUAAAGCGGCCUGCAAGCAAUAAUGCCACAGUAGAUGGACCUAGCACGUUUUAAAUGCCAGCAGCUUCAGUUUGGGGUCGAUUAUUUCACUUAAAAUCAAUAUUUGAAUCUCCACCUUUCUGUUUAAAUAAAAUGUCCCGGGCAUUUUAUGCAGCAUUUUUUAAAAGACUAAUUAAAUACGACCUGAAUUAAAACACAAUUACAGCAGCAGGCGGGUCAGUAUGGUAUUGUUCUGCAGCAAAUUCAAAAGGGCUUUGUAAAUGAUGUCUUGGCUUGUUCCUGGGGAAGUGUGCUGGAAGAGGGGGAUUCUACAUUUGAAAGACUCUUCCUCUGGUCACCAGCUUCUUAGCUUCUGAAGGCGGCAUUCCUGGAGAAUGGCCUCAGAAGAAAGGUGCUGGCAUCUGGGCAGGUUCAAAUGGGGACGAUCGCCUUCUUGUUCGUGCCCUCUAUUUGGAAAGGAAAUGGGGUGGGGGAAAUCUUUCAUCUCUCUGCAACCUGAGAGCAUUUAAUUAGAGGUACAGGUGGGUGAUUGAACCUGAAUCUUAACGUAUACCAUGACUUUGUACAGGAAUGAUGUGCAGCUCCAGAUGAUGGUAGACUCCAGCUCCUUUCGCCAAAUGGUCAGGGCUGAUGGAGUCCAGCAAAUUCUGGAGGGCGACAGGUUCCCUCAUCUUUGCUAUACUGCUUCAAAGUCUCAGAACAGAGAAGGCAUACAAAGGCACUGUGCGCGCGCACACACACACUCACACAUAUAAAACCCUCUAACCUGUUUGCAGGUCUUCAAGAGGUUAGAGAUGAGGGACAUGGGUGGCACUGUGGGUUAAACCACAGAGCCUAGGGCUUGCUGAUCAGAAGGUCGGCAGUUUGAAUCCCCGCGACGGGGUGAGCUCCCGUUGCUCGGUCCCUGCUCCUGCCAACCUAGCAGUUCGAAAGCACCUCAAAGUGCAAGUAGAUAAAUAGGUACCGCUCCGGCGGGAAGGAAAACGGCGUUUCCUUGCGCUGCUCUGGUUCGCCAGAAGCGGCUUAGUCAUGCUGGCCACAUGACCUGGAAACUGGACGCUGGCUCCCUCGGCUAAUAAAGCGAGAUGAGCGCCGCAACCCCAGAGUCGGUCACGACUGGACCUAAUGGUCAGGGGUCCCUUUACCUUUACCUUUAACCUGUUUGCAGGUCUUCAAGAGGCUAGAGAUGCAUAGGUUUGUAACGGUGACCUUAGAAUUCUUUUUUGCGUAACUACCAAAAACUGAGCAGUUGUAUAGCUGGGGUCUUUCUAAGCAUUAUCCCUGGAAAGCAUGGUGCACUUUUGGGAAAAGGUACAGCUUGGUUUGCAUGCAAAAGAUCUCCGGUUCAAUUUCUGACAUCCCCAGAUAAGGCUGGGAAAUACUGCCUUGUCUGAAAUUCUGGAAAGCCACAGUCCAUUAGUGCAGAUAAUGCUAAUUUAGAGUGACCAGCCUGGAGAAUGUUUGCAAGACACUGUGUAUGCCUAUGAACUGGGCUCUGCCCGUUACAUGCUCCAUUGGAUCCAAGCCUGACCUCUGUGCUGCAUAGGUUUCCACCUGAUGGAAAGCACUUGCAUGCUCAGCUGUGAAAUGGACUUCUUUGCGAGAGCUUGCCAAAGGCCCAGUCGUGACCUUCCUUCUUGCAGUGUGUUACCAGCCGAGCAUUUGUUAUGCAACAACAGGCUCUCAAACCUCCAGGACCUGCUGCAGGAACCCCUGUGGGGAUGGGUGGGUGGGUCUGAGUGCUGCUUGAGUGAUUAAUUUGCGAGGUCUCCCGGGAGCCAUGCAACAAGGAAGCGGGGAGGAAGCUCUCUGGAAUCUCUUAAUUAAUCCUAUUAACCUCCCAUAUUUCUCACCAAAAUAGCCUAUUGUUGGUGCUAUAGUUAGUGCUUCAGCAGGUGUACACAUAUAUUUGUCAAUGGCUCCUCGGAAUAGCAGAGAAUCUAGGAUGGAGUGGAGGAGAUGGGGAGGUCAAAAGGACAAAGAGUUCCCUCUGCUCUGUGAAUCUGACAUGAACUCUCUGACGGCAAGAGCUGUUCAACAUUGAAAUGGACUCCCUUGGAAGGUGGUGGACUCUCCUUCCUUGGAGGUUUUUAAGCAGAAGUUGGAUGGACAUCUGUCAGGGAUUCUUUAGCUGUGAUCCUUCCAUUGGGACCCUUCCAACUCUAUACAGUUGUACCUUGGAUCCUGAACGCCUUGGAACUCGGAUGCUUUGGCUCCCAAACGCUGCAAACCCAGAAGUGAUUGUUCCAGUUUGCGAACGUUCUUUAGAACCUGAACGUCCGAUGGGGCUUCCACAGUUUCUGAUUGGCUGCAGGAGCUUCCUGCAGCCAAUCAGAAGCCACACUUUGGUUUCUGAACAUUUUGAAAGUUGAACAGACUUCCAGAACGGAUUCCGUUUGACUUCCAUGGUACGACUACAAUUCAGAAUGGGCUUGUUCUGCUUUUAAAACAGCUCUUUAGUCAUCUUACUUCAGUUCUGAGUUUCCAGCCUUGUGUGCUCUGCAAAAACACCUACCCUGGCCAUAAUAAAAUCCCUGUUUUUGUCAUACACAGCACCCUGACUAUACUGUCUGUAUUUUCACCAUGAACUUAAACUUUUAAAUGUGGCACGUAGAUUAUGAGCCCCAGGAAAACCUUUCGUUUUCAGUUCUUUUGAAGCCCAGUGUUUUAUCAUAUUUGUAGAAGGGCAGGCACCAGCUUGAGGAAAUCUGAGUUUAAAGCAGAGCAGAAGAGCAGGUACAAUAUUAGUUAAUCAAUAUUAACAGUAGCAGCAGGUACACAAGGUUAUUCAGGGCUUGCAUCACGUGGAUCGUUGUUAUAACACAAAGGCAAUAACGGGAUAAUGAAUAAUGGGAAUUAUUGCAGGAAAAAGGUUUGGCAGGAGCAGUUAAUUGCCGGGGUCUUGGUGAUAGAGGUGUAUGACCGCAAAGACCCUAGAGUUUCUAGCACAUGUAAACUGCUCCGAGGCAAGGUUAGCUUGUGUAUGUGUGUCCCUUACAGAAGGGUUUGGUGGUUGUUUUUAAAGCACACUAGCUGAGCUGAGAAUUGAACCUGGUGACUUGCAAUCAGUUUUUUCCUUACUUCACAACUGCAUUAGCAGCUAAGCAGAGCAGUUCUAUACCUGCAGUUUGGCUCCUUUCCCUGGCUCCAGCUCCACCAGAAGUCGACAAGGAUUGAACCCAGAACUUUGGGUGUACAGUGGUACCUCGGGUUAAGUACUUAAUUCGUUUCGGAGGUCCGUUCUUAACCUGAAACACCACUUUAGCUAAUGGGGACUCCCGCUGCCGCCACGCCACCGGAGCACGAUUUCUGUUCUCAUCCUGAAGCAAAGUUCUUAACCCGAGGUACUAUUUCUGGGUUAACGGAGUCUGUAACCUGAAGCAUAUGUGACCUGAAGCGUCUGUAACCUGAGCUACCAUUGUACAUGUCUUCUUGCACCUCCUCCCCUUGCAAUGUGCCUAUCUGCUUUGCUCCACCCCAAGCAAAGACACAGCGAUCAGUCGGAAACUAGAGCGAGUGGGGUGGUUCUUUCCGGCAGCCGUGCGGAAACAGCUUCCCUGUGGAGCAUUUCCACAUAGCUGCUGAGAAUUGGUGCGAUCUAGUGGAGCAGGACUGCUCGGACCAGAACUGGGGAGAUCAAAAGUUCAAAUUCCACUUACCCAUUAAGCUCACCGGGCUACCUUGGACCAGGCACUCCUUUACACAUCCCUCUCUCUUGGUCUAGCCCUACCGCAAAGGGCUGUUGUGAGGAUAUGAUAGAGCUGGUACUGUGGACUGGGCUCCUUGGAGGGAAGCCAAGUUAAAAAAAGAAAAGUAGAUAAUAACUCUGUGGGUAGGAGCAAUUGUGUUUGCUUUUCCCACCCGGCUGUCAAACCAGCCACAUGACUGGGUGGUUUGGGUGUUCAUACCCCACCCAUACAGUGACCGGACAGGAAGUUGCCAUGGGGGAAAUGGGCUACCGCAGCUGUGAAUAGCAAGGGUUCUUCUUGGGGCUGGGCUGCUGUGACAGAACUGGGAGACAACAGUAGCGGCUGCCUAGCUUAUCUCCCUGGCUGCUGGCAGUCAGACAAGGGGUCAGAACAGCUAGCAAAGCCCACCCUUUUGGGUUAUAGAAAUUCAAUUAAAAGAAACAAACGUCGCUACCAGAAACUUUUCUUUUAGGAAUUAUAGGGGCAAAACUACCUAAAUCGUAUAGAAAUUUAUUCAUGUAUGCUACUACAGCAGCAAGAACGUUACUUGCCCAAAAGUAGAAAGAAGCAGAAGUACCAGUAAAGGAAGAAUGGAUACAAAAAAACUUAUGGAAUAUGCAGAAAUGGCAAAACUUACCGGAAGAAUAAGAAAUCAAGAUAGCAGACUUUUUAUAAAAGAAUGGAAAUGGCUUAUUGAAUAUUUACAGAUAAAUUGUAAACAGAUGAAAACAUUAGCAGGAUUAUUGUAAUAACCUGCAGUUUUAUAAGAAUAUAUAUACACACACACACACACAUAUACAGUAGAUAAUUAAAUGAGCAAGUUAAAUGAACUUGGAUAUGCAGAAGAUAUUAAAAAAUUAAGGAACCGCAGAAAGAGGGGGAAGGGAGUCAAAUUUUGAAAUGUUAAAUUGAUUGUAAAACUAAUGAAAUGUAUAAAUUUGAAAAGUAUAAAUAAAAAACUAAAAAGAAAGAAAAAAGUGUCACUAACUGCAUAUCUUUGUUGUUUUUUUGUUCCCCUCCAGGUCCCUUGCCAGAACCAGUUGCCAAUGGUGAUGUGGAGAAGGUAAAGGUUAUGCCAAGUGCAUGGUUCAUUGAUGGUCUCUUAUGUUGUGUGAAGGCCCCUUUCGACAGUACAGGUUUGCUGGGUGUGCACGUGUAAGGGAAGAAGCACCAAAACGGUGUAUACAGAUUUUCCUGCCAUCUAUUCGGCCCACUGGGUCUGCGUGGGCUAAGAAGCUGCAAACUGGAUGCAGCUUCCCAAUGCUUGUACACCGGGGGUGUUGCACAGACUCCAGGGUAGCACACUCUCCUUUCAGGAUAAGGUUUUUAUUGAAACGCCCAGGUUCCCCAACCCAGAGGCAGGUGCAAAACAGUGGCUCACCCCAGUGGACAUGCUAAGAUGCGAGAAACAAGAUGCCUCUGGUCUCAGCCGGGGCGUUUUGCAGUCGGCACCAGAACCAAACCUAUAGGGCCUUUUGCACAGGCCUGGUUUCUCUCCCCACCCCCUGCUCCGCCAAAGCAUUAUUUUCCAGCAAUCUAACCUGGGGAUAGGGAUGCGGGUGGCGCUGUGGUGUAAACCACUGAGCCUAGGGCUUGCCGAUCGGAAGGUCGGCGGUUCGAAUCCCCGCAACAGGGUGAGCUCCCGUUGUUUGGUCCCAGCUCCUGCCAACCUAGCAGUUUGAAAGCACGUCAAAGUGCAAGUAGAUAAAUAGGUACCACUCCGGCGGGAAGGUAAACGGCGUUUCCGUGCGCUGCUCUGGUUCGCCAGAAGCGGCUUAGUCAUGCUGGUCACAUGACCCAGAAACUGUCUGCAGACAAAAGCCGGCUCCCUCAACCUAUAGAGCGAGAUGAGCAUGCAACCCCAGAGUCGUCCGCGACUGGACCUAAUGGUCAGGGGUACCUUUACCUUCACCUUUUAACCCGGGGGUGGGGAGCUUUUCAGCUGCUCCUUCUGUUAAAACAGCUGGAAGCUAGAAACCCUUUGCUCAUUUCCUGCAAGUCCCUGUUUUACGGUUCAUAGCUCAGUUGUAGAGCGCAUGCUUUUGAAUGCAAAAGUUCCCAGGUUCAUGUCCAGGUAGGGCCGUCAACGAUUCCUUCCUGAAACCCUGGAGAGGUGCUGACUGUUGCAGUGGCAGUACUAAGCAGGAUGGGCCAACAUUACGAGGCGGCUUCCUAAUCCUAAUCUGCCUUCUGUCCAUCACUGGUGGACACUGUGCAUGAGACCUACGUGCAGUAAGAGCUGCUUCAGGCCCUUAGUUGUCUUCCGUAGCGGAAGUAUAAGCCAUUCCUCCCUGAUGCUGCUAGGAGUGCCUUGCAGCCUGCCUUGAUGCUGCCAAGCAGAGCUUGACCUCUCAGUGGAGGAGGGGAGGGCAAAGCCCUUGAAGGCACGUCGCUCAAUUUUCAGGGCCUGCCUCUUGUCACAGAACAGAAUGGCCCAUUCUUCACCCUGUGGGUGGAAUCUCUCGCAGUGGGGGCCGCUGUUUCAAAAGGCCGUGUUACUUCCAGUCUGCUUUGAAAAAACAAAACCUAAUUAAACCCAGAGUGAAGAGGAAGCCUCAUUAGGAACCUCAAAAGACGGGAGGGCAGGAGGCAGGGAUUUCAAAUAUACAUUAAGGGGGCUGAGUGAGGAUGUUCCCAGGCUAAAGCUUAAACCAGAUAGAGAGAUGUCAUGCAACUUGUCUACCCGGUAGGUCUGAAAGGCAGUUGGGAAGAAGCAGCCUGACUGCAUUGCAUCGUAAAUAAAUAAAUCCUGCUUCUAUGGGGUGCAGUAGGGUGUUAAUUGUUUAAACAUGUUUUUUGGUGCAAACUUGCAAGUAUAAAGCGCUCUGAAGCACAAGUGUAUCUGGCUUCCAGUACUGUGGACAACCUUUCUUCCCUGCCCAUUGCAACCUUUCUCCCAGUGUGAGUCUUAUGUCCUGCAUGCCUGUCUGCUGGGGUGAUGCAAAAAUUAUUGGAAUCCUCAUUUGAAUUUAGCAUCUUGCUGAAACCAGGCUGGUUUACAUAUGCUGCUGAAGCACAAUUUAGUGUUACAAGCACAAAGCUAGCCUACCACUGCCUGCCCUGGCUCUUAUGGUCCCCUCUCCUCCAUCAUAGCCUUGAGGAGGUGCUCAGAAACUCUUGCUUCUAUUUCUGAUUUAACUGCAACUUGCUGUCAUUCAAACCAGGGCAAACCAUGGUUCAUCUAACUAUGGUUAGUGAGAAUAAACCAGCUUCAAACCAUGGUUCAUGAAGCUGGCUUUGCUUUCUAUAACCAUGGUUAAUCUCAACUGCAGUUUAGGGUUUGGAUAAUACCCUAAAAUGUGGUUAGACUAAAAUGGAAACACUUGGAAUGGGAGAAUGGGAGGCAGGUAGAAGUGCUUAGCAGUUCGAGAAUCAAGGUUUAGUGUUGCAUUUGACCAGAACCAUUGAACGGGGAUGUCAAGCAGCAGUUGUGCCAACUGAAUGCUGAGAAUUUUCUCAGCCUUGGAGUAAGAAGGACCAAUCUGCUUCCAUGCUGCCUUCAGUCACUUCUCAGUCCUGCUCAUCUGGCUUUAAGCUCCCUUGCUCAACAUUUAAACCAGUUUCAUCUGAUAACUCCAGAUGUUCUUCAUGCAAAACCACUUUCCUACGCGGCUGUCAUAACUUAUAUCUUGUCAUCUCAUCUUUGCUUGGCAUAAACAUGAAAGGAAACCUGCUCUUCCAGCGCAGGCCGACUCAGCAUCAGCUGCUAAUCAGCUUUCCCUACUGGGGGGUUAUUGGCACCAUUCGGUGGCUGUAGAUAGCUCUCUGUUUGCUGGCUUGCAUGCAGCCGGUCAGUUUGCCACAGGUGAACGUGCACCCAUUUUCUCAAGAUUUCAACCCUCAGUACCUAACUACUGCUUUUGCAGAGGACUAACACUAGGCUUCAGUUGGAUCUCAAAAGAUGGAUUCCUAGCCACACCUUCAUGACUUUUCUUCUUCAGUAGACACUGUCCAGAUCGCUAUCUGUCCAUGGGUCUUUUCCUUUGGAGCUGGUUUUAUUCAAAGGGGUGCCCUUGAAUAUUUGCCACUUUAUGAACAUGGGUGUCUCAAGGUAGCACUAUAUUGUCACAGAGACAUCUCAGAAAGUGGGAUGUGGGAGAGCCAACACCCCAUAUUUUGCAUGCAGAUAGGUUAGCUGUGAUGUUGUCACUGAAAAUUUGCUCACGAGAGUGAUGGUGCAAUUGCUUACACUGUUGCUUAAUGGAGGUGAUAAAGGCCGUCUUAAGAUGGUACCUGACUUGGAGCAAAACAGAACUUGGAGCAAGAUUCAAGCUGCUUGGGCCAGUUCACUCCAGCAGAGAUCACUCUGUGGGCUGGAUCACGCGCAUGCAUGAUCGUGCGCGCCCGUGAUUUCCGGUGUCUACGUCUGCGCAGACGCAAUUUCCGGGCCGUGGAAGCGAAUCCCCGUGCUGCAGUGGUUUAGCACAGCACGCAGGGACUCGCCGAGCGGGCGGCUCGGUUCAGGGGCGGCUCGUGGGCUGGUUAAACGACCCCCGUGGGCUGCUUGUGGCCCAUGGGCCUUAGGUUGCUGACCCUGACUUAGCCCUUCAGUCUGUUCUCUCCAUGGUCAACUAGAUACCUAUGGGGGAGCCCUUCCCAGCAGCAGCAGCAGCUGUUCAGAGGCACACUGCCUCUGACAAUGGAUAGGGAGUAGUUUCCUGUGGUUUCUUCCUUAUACCCCACCCCCCUCUUGUUAGAGAAAGAGCACAGCUGGCAUUUAAUCCUUCUCAGGGAUAAAGAGGCUGGAGGAUGCCCAGAGCAGGUUUAUCAGCCUGCGGUCUGUCAACGGAUUAUGUGCUUAGAAGUGGGUUUCCUCAUACUCCUUAUUUCUCUGGUUCCCUUCAGGAAAGGGGCAGGCUGGGAUAAAUCAUCACUUGUUGGACGUGGUCUCUGGUCACUGAGGAGAAGAGGCCAUUUUGAGAACAUUGGGUUCUCCCCAGUUUUAGGAAGACUCUUCCCGGGCUUCUUUUGUUGGGUUCUCCUGACAGUUGUGACCCUCUGGAGAAUCCUGUCGUGUGGCUUUGGAGCUUCUUCCCUAAAACCAGAGCUGCUCCCACUGCCCCUUCUCAAUGCCCUGAAAUAUGCAACUGGUGCAUUAGAGGGAGGGAGGGCCAGUUGUGUUGUACCCAUCAGCUCUGGGUAUGUUUGAGAGCCGGUCUAGCACACUGUCCCUGAGGCCUGAGCUGUGAAGCAGCCGUAUGCAGCUUAUGAUGGCAGCAUUCCCUAAAUCAUGCCAAAGGGGGUAGGAGGAGGAGGAAUGUUUUCUUCUGCACAAAAAUGUGUGGAACUGGCUAGAAUUGGGGGGGGGGGGGAAUUCAGGGAAGUGAUGCAGUGAGUUCUACUUUUGGCGAUUUACAAAUAAAUAAAUGCAGCGUGUUAUUUAUAUAGCGAUUGCCCCCCCUUUUUUGUUUCAAGUUUCUCUUCCCUUCCCUGUUGUAGGAGAUCUUCAGAGAUGACCAGCCUGAGCCUGUCUUGGAAAGUCCUUCAAGCCCUGAGCCGGUGUCUCCUUCUCCGAUUCUGAACGAACCUCACAAUGAGGUAUGAAAGCAGCCUGGGCACAAAGGGAGGAAAGCCCAGAAAUGGGGAGUCCUAAACAUGUGGUACAGGCAUAGAGUCCCCUCUGUUCAUUGAGUAUUCAUCCUGAUUUUGCUGCAGGGUGUUUCCAUGGAUUUCUCAUUAUUCAUUUGUUCAUCCCACACUUUUCGGUGCAUUUCCCCAUCGCUUUCCAAACUGCAAAAAGUCUGUGUGUGUGCUUUUAAGUGCAUCCGAGGGCAGCACAGCCCUUUAAAUCCACUUUCAAUACAGAAAUCUUAAAGGUAUGGUUUAUACUUGAGUCCUGCUCACAAUGUAGUUAAGAGUCCAGAGGUGCCCUUGAUUCUCUACAGAGUUUUCCUUUGCCAAAGACCAGCAGAAAUGAUUAGAGAAGUUUCAGCUUGUCCAUUAGAGAACCAUUUGCAAACUUUCAGAGCUUUGCCAUUCUUCCUGCUCCCCUGUGGGGCCAGUCAUUUUGUGCUGUAAAAAUCUAGUUUGCCUGUCAACCACAGCAAUUUGCCCUGGUCUUCAGUGUUCCCAUUUUCAAAUGGGCAGAUGCCUCAAUUUCUACAAAGCAAGUAAUGAAUGUUUAGCAUCCCUGACUGGAACCAUGUCCAGUUUUUAAUUAAAUGGCUGAAUUAUAAUUCAGGCGCUCUGUAUCAAAUCUGCUUAAGGACAAAACUGCAUAUUUUGUUCGUACUUUUUCCCCUAAACCAUACUUAAUGCUGCCACUUAUUAUUUUGAAGGGGAAAGGCUAUGCAGGGCCCCAGACCAAAUGAGGACCCUCAUGCAUUUGCUGCUUGCUCCAGAGAUGCCAAACAGCUGCCAGGGAGAGCAAUUCUGGGGAGGAAACGGGCAGGGCCCUGAUCCAUAUAAGGAGGAUCGUAUAAGCUUGGGGCCCUGGGUGGCUUCUCUUUCUGUUGCUGUCUAAUAACGGAGAGCGUUCCUCAGUACCAGGAAAAAUAUCCAAGGUGGCCACGUGCACAUUCACAUUCAUUUCACAGAAAUCGCUUAGAAAGUGCCUGCACUUUUUGCCCCAUAACUUUCUUUUUUAGGAAGGCUAGAAGCUUUUAAGGAAAGUAAACUUUACUAAAAUACAGUAUGAAAGCUCAGAGUCUGGGGCACUUGCCCAGGGACACCACUGGAAGCCUUCACAGGUGUAAUGGCACCUGGAGAUGCUGAGUUCACUACCCCUGCCCAAAGUUGGCCCAUUGAAAUAAGUGCCCUUGUAAGUCCAUUCAUUGAUUUCCACCACCACCCUCCAUGAUUCUCCUCUGAGUAUGAUUAACAUUGGAUAUUACCCUCGAUGUGACAACAUUAAGCAUUUUUUCUAAAGUUGGAAUAACGUAUAAUUUGACCCUGAAGCAAUUGUAAUGCUGGCUGCCUGGAAGAAAUGUCAGUAGUAUCCAAAGGCAACAUGAUGACCAAAUGCAACAAUGCGAUGUCAAUAUAAACUCUUUAUAUUUUCCGAGAUUUAGAAGAUUUCUGUUUUUAUUUGGUUUUGCAUAUACUUCAUAUUGUUCAAUGUUCUGUAUAGAUUAUAUAAAGAGUUUAUAUUGACAUCGCAUUGUUGCAUUUGGUCAUCGUGUUGCCUUUGGAUACUACUGAUAUUUGUUUGCAACACAGGGGUUUAAUUGGAAGAAAUGUCAGCCUCUCAGUUAAAAAAACCAGACACGUUUCUAGUUAAAGAUGUUGAAUUCUGAUGGCUUCCUUUAUAGAAACAGAUGUCCUGCCUGGCCAUUUGCAAGGAACCCAAAGGGAGGGACAUACUGCUGCUAAUUCCAGGCAAACUAGACUUCAUAUGAACACACAAAAGGCUGGUGGGUCAAUAGAGUUAUGCCCAAGGGCCUGUGCUGCAAGCCAGGCUGUGCUGGUGGUCUCUUAGGAAAGUGCCCUGGACAUGGCAGAUGGAGACAAUGCCAUUGCAGCAUGCAUGAGGCCAGUGUGCGGAGAGGGGAGAGAAAGGAAGGCGGAGCAGGGACUGAUCCUGCAAAAUGAACCCUGUUCAUGUUAAUGGGUCCAGAGACACCCUGCCUUGUUUGCUGUUGUGCAAUGUUGCAGCCUUAAGUGUCGGGUUUGUGUAGGAGGGCUCUCUGUCAUCAGACGCCUGCUUCAUCACUCCUCUGUUAGUUCUGUUACUGUGUGAGGCCUGUGGUUUUUAAUGUUAGGGUUUUAAUAUGGGGCAAUUUGGUGAAGGGCGGUCUUCAAGCAAAGGGGUAAAAGGAGAAAACAAGAAACUAAACACUGUCCUCAGCAUUCAUAGGAAUCAAAGUAGGUCCAGUCAAAAGUUUGCAUACACAACACAACACACACACACACACACACACACACACACACACCAAAUUCCAUUUAGUAAUUUCAGUGAGAUUUAGGCAUACCAAACUGCAGAGUUAAAUGCAAGUCCCAUUGGUUUCUGUUAGGAGCUUGUGUUGGGUUGCUCUGUCUGUUGUGCAGCAUGGAAUCUGGGACAGGGGAGCGUUCUCUAGCCAAGCAGUGCUCAGGUAACAUGUGCGGGAAGGAUCAGAAGAGAAGGCAAGGCCUCUAGCAGAACUUUUCUAAUCACCUUUGUUGGGUGAUCCAGUUCUUGCCCUAUCUAGCCCAACAGCCUGUGAAAACACAAGCUUUAAUUGCAACGUAAUGAACAUAAUUUGAUACAGAACAAAUGAUUGACACUCAAUUACAUCAGUCCCUUCUCUGGGACAGUUCUGUGGCCUUCUCUCCCUGAGAAUUCUUGUGUGACGCUGAACAUAACACUCCACGCAACCAUCUACAUUGGGCUUAUAUAUUCUGUGACUUUUGUGAACUACAUGUUUCAUUGAGCACUUGGAAGGACACCUGCAGGCCCUUAACCGGAGCAGCGGGUUAGAGGUUUUCUGGAACUUUUGCUACAUCUAGGUCAAGUGAGAGAGCCAGGGUGUGUGUGUGGAAAUCCACAUCAUUGGACAAGAUGUCCUCAUUGGUGACUGGAGCAGAAUAUGCAUGGCUGGUCCACUUUUAAUUCUGCCAGGCAACCAAGUGUAAAUUAUUGGACCUACUUAUUUCAAUGCACACCUUUCGUGUCUACCCCCUCCUUACUCUAUCUUUUAACUAGUUGUGGCAUGAUACUCCUUUCUGACUUGGGUGUGUAUGUGGGGGGGAAACGUGGAGACAGGGGGAGGUGUAGUUGGGAUGGCUAGGACACACAGCUUUGAUAAUCUGAUCACUAUCAAUUUAAUUGUCAUUAUAUUAAAUACGUUGUGCUUCCACUGUUGGGAGGCAACAUGCCUCUGAAUGCCAGUUUCUAGGAAUCACAAACUGGGAGGGUGGCUAUUGCAUUUAGGUCUUGCUUGUGGCCUUCACAGAGGCAUUGGGUUGGCCAUUGUGAGAACAGGAUUCUGAGCCUUGAUGGGCCUCCGUUGGCCUGAUCCAGCAGAGCUCUUUCUAAUGCUCUUAAUUUAACAACAACAACAACAACCCUGUUAGCAACAGUGGUAGGAAACAAGAAACUUGUGUGGAAAAAACCUUGGGUGCCUUGGCCUUGAGCUGUACGUGGAAGCUUAGGUGGGGUCCGCAGCGAUUCCUCUUGGCCAACUUAUUCUUGCUUUUUCUCUUUGCUGCCCAGUCACCCUUGCAGCUCAACUCUCAAGAGAAGGGAGAGAAGCACAGCUCCGUAUCCGACCCUGUUCUUGACUUGGACAUCCCGCUGGCCGUAGCCAAGGAGCGAGCUCACCAAAAACGCACCAGCAAAAGGGCGCCGCAGAUGGACUGGAGCAAGAAGAACGAACUCUUCAGCAACCUGUGAAGUAUCCCAUCCCGCAAGCCGGGAGGAGGUGGUGCAGGGGCAAGGCCCAGCCAACCGGGCCAGCUUUUUCUCCUGCCCCUCCCAUUUUUUCCCCCUGGAGGAGGGGGUUAUUCCCCCCACCCACCCACUCCCCUCUUCCCCUCUCUUUGCCAGGGGAACAGGGGCAGGAUCUUACACUGUCCUCUGUAAUCUGAAGAAAAACAAAAUGGCAUCAUGACUACUCCUGCACAAUUCUGGAGAAGCAAUUCUAUUUUUUAAAAAAGAGAAUGAUGAGACACUUUUAUACACUGUCUAUAAAUAGCUGAGUAAGUUCCAUGUGAGUUUGUGGGGAGGGUUUCUGUGAGCCUGAAACUAAUGUGGUGUCCAUAUUGAGCCCAUGGAGGGGGUGGAGGGAGAGCGUACUGUGGCCUGUUAGGUCUGAGGAGAAACAUGCUGAUCUUUUGUUCUCUCCCCACCCCCCCAAUUCAAUUGGAUUUUUUGUGGGAAACACAUGUUCACAAUAAGAUUUUUGAGGUUGCCAGGGUUGGGGAUUGAGGAGAAAAACUUGUGGUGCUUAGCCCUUCCUAAAUUCAAAGUGGUAUCUGAAACCAGCCACCUAAAACCAAUAGCCCCAUGUAGGUUCUCAUCGCAGAGAUACCCUGUUGGAUGCUGACUUGAGCCUUUCAUUAAAUUUGAGUGCUUAAAACCCUAAUUUUGACUUCCAGCAGCCAUUGGGUGGGGGUUGUGAGCACACGUCCUCUCCUCUUCACAAGGAACCGUUUUCCUUUGACUGGAAUGUCCGUCCCUGACACUCCAUUUUCAUUUUUAUUUUUAAAAAGAAUUUUCUUUAAAGCAAUCAAUGGUAAAAUUAUCUAUGGGGUAAGACCCAUGAACUUGUUGCACCACUUCCUGUAUGUAUUUCAAAGCUUUCUGAUGGUAAGACGGAACCCUUGGAAACUGCUCUGACUGGAAUCCUGUGGGGGGGGGUGUGGUUCUUAUUUUGGCUGAGAGGGGGGAAUCUUCUGGUCUAAUACAGCAACUGAAAGCAGCCAGGAAAUAAUAUCCUGUCUUCAACUCUCAUUCCUGGAGAUGGAGCCAAUCAGGGUUUUUUUUUUAUGAUAAUGCUUAAUUAACAGUUUAUAUAUAAACUGUUUCAUUUUCUGGAAUGUUUUCUAAUUAUAGCUCUCUUUCUCCUCUGUCUGUUGUGUAUGUUAUGGAAAUUAUUUCUCCUCUACGGAUGUGUUUUGUUCUUGUUUUCUUUGAUUGUUUGUUAUGAAAAAUGCAAGAGAAGAAGAAAAAAAAGAACCCUGUUUACCAGAAGGGAAAAAGUCACCUUGAUUUUGUUUGUGU